GCCAUGGAAACGCGGCCUGGUGCCCCUGGAGCCUUGUCAGAAGCCUCUUGGGGCUAGUACCGCAAGUGGUCUACCCCACGGAGGCCGCUUCCCAAGGCAAAACCUUAACACCCCUUAACAACCACCGCAUUCCGAGCAGGGGGAGUCAGAAGCCGACGUGGUAUCCGCCAGCCGGCGCGAGGGACCAGCGCCCUAAACUGAGGGGAAAGGACGGGCGACCACGGCCUACCCUAGCCAUUAGAAAGAGGAUUAAAAAGGGCGGGAGUCUAACAUAUUGGUUUCCCGUUGGAUAGGAAUUUUGCCCAGUGGGGAAAGCAGGCGGGGAGAGGAAAGCCUGGCCAUUGGAGAAGAAAACGAGGGAGCCGUGAAAUGGGUGGGUCUUAUGGACAGUUUGUGGAAGAAGGUGUUGAAAUUCUGUUGAGGGGUGUAAUUGAAGUGGGUGGGGAGGCGGUAUCGAUUAACUAGAUUUAAAUGCAAUUCGGGGUGCAGUGGCAGAGAUUGCAUUCACCGAGCGGGUGAAGGAGAGUAAGUAUGCAAAGUCCUCCCAUUUCCAUGCUGUUUCCUAUAUACCAUGAGGGCUAGUAGCUCUACUUAUGAAAGCAGGCGUUGGGGUGUGAGGCUUCGAAAGAUCUGGGACCCUCAACAGUUUCCUUUGCUUAUUCCAUUCUUAAUUCAGCGUUGUACAGACUGGAAAGUGGGAGGGCAGUUUUAGGAUUUCCUGAUUCACUCAUGUUCCAGAAGCAGGAUUGUUAACUAUUUUGUUUAUUUGCUUACUUGUUAUUGAAGGUGCAGCAUUCCGCAUCCACAACUGACAGAAAUCAGUAAAAGCGUUUUUCAUUACUUCCUCUGGAUCAGCAGUGGAGAGCCUCAGGGCUUGGGGCCAAAUGUGGCCCUCUUGGCUUUUUAUAUUUCCCCAAGCCACAACACUCACUGGCUCUGGUGCCCUUCUUGAGUGUCUUUCCUUGGCUGGAAUGUGUCCUUGAAUUGUCAUAAUGUUCCUUGCUUACCUGGAUGGAGGACUGAGCGGGGUGUGGGAGCUUGUAGAAACUAACCUGCUUUACUAAGAUGACCUUUGCACCUACUGCUCUGCACAGUUUUGCCUUUGACCAAGGCCAAGCCUAUUCUUUGUGUGUGGCUCCUGGAUGAUUGCCCCGAAGUGAAUGCGGCCUUGAGUUGGAAAGGACUCCCUGCCCAUGAUCAAGAUGCUAGAUUAACCAAGAUUCAGUAAUAUCCAACUGUCUACGCUAAACUCUCUUAAUGAAAUUAUCCAUGGGCAUAUUUGUUGGUUAAAUUAUGUUUGACAAGUCAGUCACUCACAUAAAUUUCUGAGACAUCUAUCUGAUCUACUGAGAACAAUUUGUACACAAAAACUGGUUUUCCAGUGUAGAGCCACUGAAUCAGUUUCCUUGGGUUCAGAAGGUUGCUGAAUGCAAAGUUUCUGUUGCUGGAAGCCUAUCUGGAGCACCCAGAGUGUAUAUGUGGUUUCCUUCUCUUUAGGGAGGCAGGCACAAUGCCUAUAUAAACAUACAUUCUGUAAAAGCCAGCCAUUUUAUGAUAGGUUUUGGUUAAACGAUGAACAGCAUUUACUAGUUACAGUAUUCUCUUUUAUCGUUCUAGAAGACAUGGAUGGAGGGUCAAUGGAUAUGAACUGAUGCAACUGGCAGUUUCCUAGUCAAAUAUCUUAGACAGAACACACUACACUCUCUGCUGAGAUCAGUAUAUAGAGCUCCUUUGGGAAGGCAUCGUGACAUGUAAGUGCUUGCAGUAGCUUGCCCUACUCUGCAGUGAUAGCAUAAUGUGAUAAUUGGGAAGCUUUCAUUCUUCAGAACUGUCAGCUUGCACACCUCUCCUUGAUGCUAAGUUGAUCAUAAAACAUUUAAAAAUAAAUAAAAUGGCUUCAUUUUGUUUUUUAAGAUUUGUCAAAAAUAUUUAAGCUCACUAGUUGAGAGCACAUCUUCCCAAAGCAGCUUAAUGAGGCAUUCACCUGACAAAUCUCAAACACUGUAGGGUAGGUGAUGCAUAUUUUAUAGCCCUGAAUAUUAAACCCAAAGAAAUUAAUCACACUUGCUGGAGAGGUUUUUUAUUUAUUUAAAUAUUCCUAUUCUCCUGUUAAUACAUACUAGCCUUUAGGAGCCUGGAGGGGAAACCCUCCCUCUUCCUUCAAUUUCCACUAUUACUGAUUGUUGGGGUUUUUUUAGGUUAUUGAGUUUAAUAUCUAAGCAUUAGAUCCUAAGGUUUUGAUAUUAUGUACUCUUACAUGGAGAGAUAAUUCUGUUGAAUUAAAUAGGAUUUAUGUCAAGAUAAAUAUUCAUAAGAUUGGGUUGCACAUCGUUCUAAUGUUUGUUUGGAAGAAAAGGGUGUGAUUUGUAGAGAGGCAAAUAUUGAAAGGUUCUAAAGCAAGGAUGUAGGAAAGACUUCUGGCCCUUGAGCUGGCUCCAGUCUACACCUUGCCACCCCCACCCACUGCAAAUAGGAUCGCCCUCUCCUCAUAAACCUAUGGGUACCAUUAGAAGCUUUUAUUCUAAGCUGGGGGUGGGGGCUUGACUGGGGAAAGAAGGGUUAACCCUCUAGACUCUAGUGUAAAAAUAAUUAUUUCAGGCUGCUUGGUUUUAUAAUAAUAAACAAUGGAUGUUAAGAGAAACAAGAAGAUGAUGUUGUGCAUGUUAGACAAACAAACAUGGUAAGGUGAUAUUGUAUAUUGGCAUUAAAUUUUCAAGCUUUUUAGUUACACAGAAUUAUCCAAAAGUCAUAAUGGAAUGUGUAUUAAUUCUAAGGUAUGCAGGAUACAAUAAUGAAAUUUGAAAUCCCUUUUCAUUGAAGAAAUAAUUAUGCAGCUUUCUGCUUGCAUAUGAUGCGAUAUGUUAACCAGGUGUUAGUUAAUAUAUUUUGCAUUGAAUAGAGAAUGUGAAUCUUAGAAUUUUGAUGUAUUUUGAUAAUCCACUUUGCAAUGAUAUUUGCUAAAAUAUUUGUAAAACUUCUCUUUCUCUCUUUCUGUGAGAUUGAGUAACUUUUGCAUUGUGCCUGGUUAAUUGUUCUGUGUAAAUCAAAAGUUGGCAUGACAACGGCUGUCUGUACUAAAUUCCACGUUUGCUCAUUUUCCUGGUUCUCACCAUCAGUACUCCAAGGGCUUGUCUGCAUGGUGCUGUCUGCAUAGUGCUUGUUGUAGGUCAUGCUGAUCCCCAGCUAGAUGGAAUUGUGGACUGAGCACAGUGUGCAUAGUCCAUAUGACAAGAGCAAUGAUGUCAGAACAAGAAACUAUAUUCUUCCUUUCUUUUAGGAAUACUAAGUGCUGAAUAUUGGGCUCAAUGCAAAACAAUAGGAUUUCUUUCCUGGACAAAGGAAAAAAAACACCAUUCAGUUUUACCUAUGGAAAUUAUUUCCCAUUAUUCACUUAAUUUUUUUCUACAUAUUUACAUUUCUCCAAGCCAUCGAAACAAUUAGUUCAUCCUCACAACAAACCUUCAAGGGAGAUUAGACUGGAAGAUAAUGCCUGGUUCAAAUCCUCCUAGUUAAUUUACUAGAAUUUUAAUUUACUGGAAUUUUAAUCCAGGCAGGUAAAGGUAGAGGUAAAGGGACCCCUGACCAUUAGGUCCAGUCAUGACCGACUCUGGGGUUGCGGCACUCAUCUUGCUUUAUUGGCCGAGGGAGCCGGCGUACAGCUUCCGGGUCAUGUGGCCAGCAUGACUAAGCCACUUCUGGCGAACCAGAGCAGUGCACGGAAAUGCCAUUUACCUUCCCGACGGAGCGGUACCUAUUUAUCUACUUGCCCUUUGACAUGCUUUCGAACUGCCAGGUGGGCAGGAGCAGGGACUGAGCAAUGGGAGCUCACCCCGUCAUGGGGAUUCGAACCACCGACCUUCUGAUUGGCAAGUCCCAGGCUCUGUGGUUUAACCCACAGCGCCGCCCGCGUCCCUAAUCCAGGCAGGUGUUAUUGUUGUUGUUUAGUCGUGUCCAACUCUUCGUAACCCCAUGGACCAGAGCACGCUAGGCACUCCUGUCUUCCACUGCCUCCCGCAUUUUGGUCAAACUCAUGCUGGUAGCUUCCAGAACACUGUCCAACCAUCUUGUCCUCUGUCAUCCCCUUCUUGUGCCCUCCAUCUUUCCCAACAUCAGGGUCUUUUCCAGGGAGUCUUCUCUUCUCAUGAGGUGGCCAAAGUAUUGGAGCCUCAGCUUCAGAAUCUGUGCUUCCAGUGAGCACUCAGGGCUGAUUUCCUUAAGAAUGGAUAGAUUUGAUCUUCUUACAGUCCAUGGGACUCUCAAGAGUCUCCUCCAGCACCAUAAUUCAAAAGCAUCAAUUCUUUGGCGAUCAAUUCUUUAUGGUCCAGCUCUCACUUCCAUACAUCACUGCUGGGAAAGCCAUAGCUUUAACUAUACGGACCUUUGCUGGCAAGGUGAUAUUUCUGCUUUUUGAGAUGCUGUCUAGGGUACCCCACCCCAAAUCCAGUGCCACCCACGUGUGUGUGUGUGUGUGUGUGUGUGUGUAACAUACACACAGUCCAAACAGCACUUUAGAGUACUUAAUACAAUGUAGUACAAUAAAAUAAUAUUAGACCUGUCCUUAAAUUGGGGGCUGCAUUAAGGGGAAACUAAGAAGUGACAGGAAAAGACAAAACAUGGAGAUCAAGAGAAGUAAAUUCAGAUUGUGAACUGAUUCUUUUUUUGCUGCUAUACUAUUUUUAUUUUACUGUCUUUAUUUUGUUCUCCCCUCUUUUUUCUUUUGUUAAUUUUGUGAAUAAAAAUUACUUUUAAUAAGAGAAAUAAGCUCUACACCAACAAGUUUAUCGCAUUAAAGGCCUGAUCACCUGCUGAUCUAAUGAUGGAAUCCCCAAACACCUGGUGGUAUUGGAGCAUGUGCUGAGAUUCCUGGGGCAGAUUUUGAUGAAACUCAAAGGGGCUAUUUUGUUCAGUUUCUCGCCUUUCCCUCACCCUUCUACCUGUUGUUGUUGGUUUUACAGUAUACAGGAAACAGAAGGUAUUCACUCAGAUCUAUUCCCAGAGUUUAAGUCACUGGAAAUCUUGAAUCAGUCUGUGCCUUUGUCAUAGUGAACAUAUUAAUGUUAACCAACUCGCCUUUUUUAUUAUGAUGAUUGCAGAGGAAUGUGGAGGUUCUCAUUUUGCAAGGUGUGAGAAUCUUCAAUUUUUAUAAUGUUUCUCACUCUGAAAAAAGCUAGAUAUUUUUCCCAUCAGAAAACAUUCUGGAGGAAAAUCUAGAAGAUACAGCUGCAGUUUCCUCUUUUGAAAUUAUGGUUUAAUGUGAACAUUCUUUUACAUUCACAUAAUAGCUUAAUUGGCUUAAAUUCCAUGUACAUGAUUUCAAAAUCAGGCACUCAACCAGUUUCUCAUUGUAUUUAUUCAGCAUGCAUGCACUAUACCAGCUAUUGGCAGAGUCUAUGUUUUUGAAUAGACUCACAAGAACAUCUUUUUUUCGCAUCUGAAAGUAGAGUUUAUAGUGUGAGAUAAUGUCCACAGACUCCAUGAUGGAUGAGCAGCUCUCAGCAGUAUUAGUGCAAGCUUUGUCACUUAGACAAUGCAGCCAUGCUGCAAGGCAUUCUAUUCUUAACAAUGACUUCAUCAUUCAUAGCCUCUUGGUUGCCACCACUUGUCAUUCUAGCAGUGUUUUGCAAGCAGCUGUAGCUUGCAAUCUGUGGGAUAAGGGAACUCAGGAAGUCAAAGAGCAACUGGCUACUAUGCAACCCAAGUAGAAACUGAAAAGGCCAUUAUGAAUGUAUCCACAUCAGAUCUGUUGUUAACGGGCAAGCCAUUUCUAGGGCAUUAAAAUUUUUUAGAUCCCCUUGGUAACUUUCAGAUCAUUCAAAAAUGCUUCACCAUUCUCCUGAUGAACCUCAAGUAGGUGAUUCUCUUUUUUUACGCUGCAGCAUUUCAUUUUCUGUUGCAGUCUCUUACUUGUAUAGCAGGAUCUGUUCAAUAAAUACUCAUUUUUAUAUAUUUUAAAAGGUAGUUAUAGAUAUUUAUUGUAUUAUAGUUCUCACAUCUUAUGAAAGAGGAUAGCUAGUGGAGAGGGCCCCUUCAUGGAUCACUGCCUUGCCGUGGCGAAGGGGCUUGAAUAACUCAGAGAAGCUAUGAGCUAUGCCGUGCAGGGCCACCCUAGAUGGACAGGUCAUAGUGGAGAGUUUUGACCAAACGUGAUCCACCUGGAGCAGGAACCGGCAAGCCACUCCAGUAUCCCUGCCAAGAAAAUUCCAUGGACAAAGGCAAAAGGCAUAUAAAAGUUAUGACGCUGGAAGGUGAGCCCCUCAGGUCGGAAGGCGUCCAACAUGCUACUGAGGAAGAGUGGAGGACAAGUACAAGUAGAUUCAGAGCUGAUGAAGCGGCUGGGCCAAAGCCGAAAGGACGCUCAGUUGCGGAUAUGCCUGGAAGCGAAAGGAAAGUCCAAUGCUGUAAAGAAAAAUACUGUAUAGGAACCUGGAAUGUAAGAACUAUGGACCUUGGUAAGUUGGAUGUGGUCAAAAAUGAGAUGGCAAGAAUAAAUAUUGACAUCUUGGGCAUCAGUGAACUAAAAUGGACGGGAAUGGGCGAAUUCAGUUCGGAUGACUAUCAUAUCUACUACUGUGGGCAAGAAUCCCGUAAAAGAAAUGGCAUGGCCAUCAUAGUCAACAAAAGAGUGGCGAAAGCUGUACUGGGAUGCAAUCUCAAAAAUGAUAGAAUGAUCUCGAUACGAAUCCAAGGCAGACCUUUUAACAUCACAGUAAUCCAAGUUUAUGCACCAACCACUGGUGCUGAAGAAACUGAAAUUGACCAGUUCUAUGAAGACUUACAAUACCUUAUAGAAAAGACACCAAAGAAGGAUGUUCUUCUCAUUAUAGGGGAUUGGAAUGCUAAAGUAGGGAGUCAAGAGAUAAAAGGACAACUGGCAAGUUUGGCCUUGGAGUUCAAAAUGAAGCAGGGCAAAGGCUAAUAGAGUUCUGCCAAGAGAACAAGCUGAUCAUCACAAACACUCUUUUCCAACAACACAAGAGAUGACUCUACACAUGGACAUCACCAGAUGGGCAGCAUCGAAAUCAGAUUGAUUAUAUUCUCUGCAGCCAAAGAUGGAGAAGCUCUAUACAGUCAGCAAAAACAAGACCUGGAGCUGACUGUGGCUCAGAUCAUCAGCUUCUUAUAGCAAAUUUCAAGCUUAAACUGAAGAAAGUAGGAAAAACCACUGGGCCGGUAAGAUACAAUCUAAGUCAAAUCCCUUAUGAAUAUACAGUGGAAGUGAGGAACAGGUUUAAGGAUUUAGAUUUGGUGGACAGAGUGCCUGAAUAACUCGUAACAUUAUACAGGAGGCAGCAACUAAAACCAUCCCAAUGAAAAGGAAAUGCAAGAAAGCAAAGUGGCUGUCUAACAAGGCCUUACAAAUAGCGGGGGAGAGAAGGCAAGCAAAAUGCGAGGGAGAUAGUGAAAGAUACAGGAAAUUGAAUGCAGAUUUCCAAAAAAUAGCAAGGAGAGACAAGAAGGCCUUCUUAAACGAGCAAUGCAAAGAAAUAGAGAAAAACAAUAGAAUGGGAAAAACCAGAGAUCUGUUCAAGAAAAUUGGAGAUAUGAAAGGAACAUUUCGUACAAAGAUUACCAUAAUAAAAGACAAAAGUGGAAAGGACCUAACAGAAGCAGAAGACAUCAAGAAGAGGUGGCAAGAAUACACAGAGAAAUUAUACCAGAAAGAUAUGGAUGUCUCGUACACCCCAGGUAGUGUGGUUGCUGACCUUGAGCCAGACAUACUGGAGAGUGAAGUCAAAUGGGCCUUAGAAAGCACUGAUAAUAACAAGGCCAGUGGAAGUGAUGAUAUUCCAGCUGAGCUAUUUAAAAUUUUAAACGAUGAUGCUGUUAAGGUGCUACACUCAAUAUGCCAGCAAAUUUGGAAAACUCAGCAGUGGCCAGAGGAUUGGAGAAGAUCAGUCUACAUCCCAAUCCCAAAGAAGGGCAGUGCCAAAGAAUGCUCCAACUACCGCACAGUUGCACUCAUUUCACAUGCUAGCAAGGUUAUGCUUAAAAUUCUACAAGGCAGGCUUAGUAUGUGGACCGAGAACUCCCAGAAGUGCAAGCUGGAUUUCGAAGGGGCAGAGGAACCAGAGACCAAAUUGCAAAGAUGCGGUGGAUUAUGGAGAAAGCUAGAGAGUUCCAGAAAGACAUCUACUUCUGCUUCAUUGACUAUGCAAAAGCCUUUUACUGUGUCGACCACAGCAAACUAUGGCAAGUUCUUAAUGAAAUGGGAGUGCCUGAUCAUCUCAUCUGUCUCCUGAGAAAUCUCUAUGUGGGACAAGAAUUUGCAGUUAGAACUGGAUAUGGAACAACUGAUUGGUUCAAAAUUGGGAAAGGAGUACGGCAAGGCUGUAUAUUGUCUCCCUGCUUAUUUAACUUAUAUGCAGAAUUCAUCAUGCGAAAGGCUGGGCUGGAUGAAUCCCAAGCUGGAAUUAAGAUCGCUGGAAGAAAUAUCAACAACCACAGAUAUGCACAUGACACAACCUUGAUGGCGGAAAGUGAGGAGGAAUUAAAGAACCUUUUAAUGAGGGUGAAAGAGGAGAGCGCAAAAUAUGGUCUGAAGCUCAACAUCAAAAAAAUGAAGAUCAUGGCCAAUAGUCCCAUCACCUCCUGGCAAAUAGAAGGGGAAGAAUUGGAGGCAGUGAGAGAUUUUACUUUCUUGGGCUCCAUGAUCACUGCAGAUGGUGACAGCAGUCACAAAAUUAAAGAUGCCUGCUCCUUGGGAGAAAGGCGAUGGCAAACCUAGACAGCAUAUUAAAAAGCAGAGACAUCACCUUGCCAGCAAAGGUCUGUAUAGUUAAAGCCAUGGUUUUCCCAGUAGUAAUGUAUGGAAGUGAGAGCUGGACCAUAAAGAAGGCUGAUCGCUGAAGAAUUGAUGCUUUUGAAUUAUGGUGCUGGAGGAGACUCUUGAGAGUUGCAUGGACUGCAAGAAGAUCAAACGCAUCCAUUCUUAAGAAAAUUAGCCCUGGGUGCUCACUGGAAGGACAGAUCGUGAAGCUGAGGCUCCAAUACUUUGGCUACCUCAUGAGAAGAGAAGACUCCCUGGAAAAGACCCUGAUGUUGGGAAAGAUGGAGGGCACAAGGAGAAGGGGACGACAGAGGAUGAGAUGGUUGGACAGUGUUCUCGAAGCGACAAACAUGAGUCUGACCAAGCUGCUGGAGGCAGUGGAAGACAGGAGUGCCUGGCGUGCUCUGGUCCAUGGGGUCACAAAGAGUCGGACACGACUAAACGACUAAACAACAACAAGUGGAGAGGGAGGGAGGGCGGGAGAGAGAGUUUUGAUUGGGUUUAUGCAUGUUAGUGAAUACAAUUCUAGAAAGCCUACAAAAAUAUAGUAGUGGUAAUAAUAAAUGUAGUAGGAGUAGUAAAAGUCAGAUACAUUUGUUUGCCUGACUAAUGCUAAUGCAGAGCAUAUUAGUACUGGGUGACAACAUAGGUCUCGGGUCAGAUCUGUUGCCAACGAAGGGGGAAGUAUUGCUUUUCUGACCUUUAGUUCCCAAUUAUCUAGAUGGUCAAGCAUGACCAACAAGAUAGUCAGAAUCUCCUAAUUAUAACAGUAGUACCUAUGUCAAACUAAUGAUCCAUGUAGUCCAUUUUAUAGUGUGAUCCAGCUUUAAAUGUUUAUGCACAUUGUUAAAUAUUUGUACGAUAUGAAAAGAUGGCACCAGGCCAAAUUCCCCCAAAUAUGGGUUUAAUAAUUUUAAGGGAGUUACAGAGUUACGAAAAGGGUUCUGCAAAUUCCGUGACCUUCCUCUCUCUCAAAACGUGUUCCUUGCUGUUUUGUCCCAAACCUAAUCCCACCCCCACCCCCAUGGCCAGAUACAAGCAUUUUGGAAUGUGUCCUUAAUGGGUAUAAAUUGUACCAACACAUCACAGAGAUUAACGUUUUCAGAGACUCUAGGUCUCCAUAGACCUAAUUUAGGGGGGAAACAGGAGAGUAGAACAGAGAUGUGGCCUACAUGGUACGGGAAAAGUGGAUAGGGAUAUGCCCCCACCAUAAUACAAGAACUGUGGUCAUCUAUUGAAGCUCAAUGCUGGAAGAUUCAAGAAAGACAAAAAUAAAUACUUCUUUACACAGCACAUGGAAUUUUCUGCCAUGUGAUGCAGUGCUGACCACCAAUUUAGAUGGCUUUAAAAGAGGAUUGACAAAUUCAUGGAGAAUAAAGCUAACAAUGACUACUAGCCAGAAUGGUUAGGUAUGCCUUUGAAUACCAGCUGUGUUUGUGUUCUGCUUUUGGGUUUCCCACAAACAUCUGGAUGGCUCCUGUGAGAACAGGAUGCUGGACUAGAUGGGCUUUGGAUGUGAUCUAGCAGGCCUCUUCUUAAGUGGAAAUGUUUUCUGUUCAGCCUUCUGAGUAAAUAAGUUUUAAUUGAGGAAGAAUGUGUUUAAAAAGUAAGUGUAAACUACUUCUCAAAAUAUCUGCAUUUUUCCACUCUUAAGAUGUGCUGUUAAUCCUUUGGGGCAGCUGUUCUCCAAGAAACUGAAGUGAGAGGUGUCUCAAAGGGGAUCAGGAGGGAAUUAAUGAUGUGGUCUGGCCGAUGUGUUUGCUUACACGUUGCCAGAAUAUUUUGUAUUCCAUAGGGAUGCAGGAGAGAUCUCCAGGCGCUCUGUGUGGUGCUUGCUUUCUGAGAAAUGUCACUUCAGGGACUUCGGGAGCUCCUUGUCAGAAUGGCUUGAAAGCAGUCACAACUUCACGAGUAGAGAAAAUACUUUUCAGAAGUACCUAUACAUCUGCUUAUUAUGUUGUAUACAAAGCAACCACAACGAAUGACCUUAAAAUGUACUGCUACCUCUCCCCCCCCCCCCAGCCAUCUUGUGUGUGCAUGCGUAAUUUAAUCUUGAAUAUAUUCAAGAGCAGGCCCCUGUCAGGCCUGGGCCUAGCUCUGAGACAGCCACAGUUUGGGGUGUGUCUGUGUCCAGUUGUGCUCUAGCAACCAAGGUUCAAAGGGGCCUGAGGCAGAAGAUGUUGUCAAAAACAGGCUUGUGCUCAGCUUCUGGAAGGGGUGGCCGCUGGAAGGAGUGGCUACUCCAUGAGAUGAGUUCUUCAGACUUGAGGAACUUGCCUUGGAUGUGAGGGCUUUAUCUGAGCCUGAGGUAUGCCCUCCCCACCCCAUCAGCUCUGAAGUCAGUUCAGGCUGUGGUCUCGGCUAGUUUACUCAGGCUGCAACUGCAGCCUUGAGGGUGCACAGAGCUGAACCUACCUUGUUUGCUGAGGGGGCAAAAUGCCAGUUCCCCACCCCCCAGAAGGGCCUUUUUAGCCUAUGGACCUUUCAGUGGAUCACUUUUCCCAACCCCAGCAGCUCAAGCUCCUAGCAGCACGUGACUUAGAGAGCAGAUUUGUUAAUAGUCAAAUCAAUGGAGAUGGGGAGAGACUAUGGGGUGCGAAAUAGAGAUAAUUAUACUCUCAGUAGCAGGGCUUCCUUAAUCUUUGCCUCCCCAUUUGCAUUGGUGCACAAAAAAGAUGUGCGGUAUUUAUGCAGCUGGAGUUGGGUACAGGUAUGUGUCUGUGUGUAAAACCCUUCUUCCUUGGUCCAGCCCACCCCUUCUUCCUGAAGUCAAGACUUUGCUUUUCAUCUGUCAGCACCACAUCUGCUUUGGAGCUUGGCCUUUCUGCUCGGCUGCCUGCAGGAAUUGGCAGAGCACUCUUGCAGAUAAAGCAGGCAGCCAUGUGUGAAAGAAGGGGUGGAGUGGGGAAGCAUAGCUUCAGGCAUCUUUGUUCCUUUCUACAGGAGAGAAUGCUCAGUGCUAACACCAUGCAACGCCAGCCAAGCAAAUCAAGUUUCGGAUGUGUGUCCCGCAGGUCACUCCAGGCUUGCCAAGUCUAUUCUGUUUGCUUCUCACCUUUCCUUUUCAAGGGUUUCCCCCACAUCUGUUGUAACUGCAGAUUUCUACCUUGUGCCUUUGGUCUUUAAAGGAGGGAGGGGUAGAGCAUUUUACUACAGAUUUUGUAGCAAGGAAGUUUGACGUGACCAGUUACUUUCCUUUUGGCCAAUCUGAAUGAAUGUUUGAAAUUUGCAUGGGUAAUAUAUGCAGUUUUAAGCUUGUCUCUCCUCCCCCCAUUUGGUGAGAGCAGUGGGUGUUCCAGUGGGUGGUGUUGUCUUUCCUAACCCCAAGCAGAGAAAACAAGCACCAAGGCCUUGUGGAAUACCCUCUUUUUGCCACGUUUCUGUGAGGGGGGGCAUGGUGGUUGAAAGGGUGGAGUGGGUAGCAUAGUAGGGGGCAGGGUUUGUGGGGACAGGAGGUAGCACAUUCCCGUUCCGCCUCAGGAAUUAAAAUGGGACCUGGAUUUGGUAGAACAUCAGGUACACCACCACCGUGAUAGAUGUUGCUAGAGAACACCUUGGGUGCACUGCCAAAAUAGCUGAAAUGGGAGGGACAUGGAUAGCUGAGGGGGUGAACCACACUUCUGCUGUGUUUUAAACCCCUUAAAUCUACAGCCACAUGUCCUGUCAAUAGCGCAAUUUAUACCAGCCGCAGACCUGGCACAGGAAAUUUCCCAUCCAUUUAUUCAUUGGGGUGGGGUGAGGUAUUCAAAAAUAGCCCCCUCCAACAUUGACACCUGCCCUGCUCAUAUUGCUAAAACAGGGCAUUAGGUAUGGGCCUUGGGUACUUUGAAUGGUGUGUAAAAGAUGGAAGUUAUGUUGAAUCCAGGCUGUUCUGUUUUUCUGUGGUAUGGAAAUUAAGCAGCCCAUGUGCUCAUGGGAGCUGAACUGCAUUUGUGGAUUUAUGGUUUUGAAAUAUGCUUUUGAAGCCUCCCAUUUUGAAAUCCUAAUAAGAUAUUUUUUUAAAAAAGAAACCUAGCAAAUUUUGCACAGCAUUCGCUGUAGACCCAGAACACGAACACACAAACCCCUCUCAGAAGAUAUCCUAAUACGUAGUUUUUUCAUCAUUCAAUUAUUUCAGCUUUUCGGCAGGGGGUCCCCACUCAUAUGUUUGAAUAGUUAGGGUUGACAAGCCAGCAGUUGUGGGUAAAUUGGAGCAAGACAUGUGUGCAAAAUCUGUGUAACUGUUGCACUAUGUGUGAUCUCUGGCAUAUGUCUAUAAAUGAAGAAUGUUGGCGUGGGGGGGGGCAUAUGUUUCCAUGCUUCUUCCAGUACAAGGGAGAAGGGAGGCUAGGGGGUGGGGGAUGAAUACAAUUCCUCUUGAGCUGCCAGCCUUCUCUGGCACAGGGACUGGGAGCAUGCGUUUCCAAGGCAAUCAGUAACAUCUUACUCAUCCCUUUCUCCUAUUGUUAUCCUGCCAAUCUUACUUCUUUUAGCCGGGAAAGGAGGAUGGACCAGCUGUUGGUACAAGGCCCCAUGCUGCCUCAACGGGGGGGGGGGGGGCCUUUAGUUAAAGCUGUUUUUCCUCAUGUAACUGAGGAAUGAAGACCUAUGUACAGAAACAACAAGAUUAUUAACAAGGCUGAAGGGUUUGCUUCAGCCAAGGCUAUUUUACUGUUUUAAAAAUGCAAAGUGGGGGUGAAUGCAUCAAACCCAGUAAUUCUGCAUGCUGUGUUGUUGGAACCUGAUGAGACCAGACCAAAAGGAGUAACUAGGGGCAUUUCAUCAUGAAUCCUAUAGCUGAACUCAACAACAACAACAAAAACCCCAAAACAGGUGGGAUAUUCCUCAUUAAUGCAGGAAAGGACCUUUGCUAAGUGGGAUUUUCUUGUGAAUAAACAUAUUGAUCACAGGGAAAUGCUUUGCAGGAUAAUGUAAUGACAUAGUAAGUUCUGCAUGGAACCUCUGCUUUAAUUUCACAUCCAGCUAAUUAACCAUAAAGCAAUGCCUCGGGGAUACUAAAGCAUGUGGAAACAACCUUGGACUGUACCAGACUGCAUGUGAGGGGUCGUAUAUAAAACUACCUGUAUGGAGGCAACAGGAUAUCAUGGGAAAGUUAUAACAUAAUUUCAUAUUUGCUAACUCUUUCACAAGGGAUGUAUAUACCAUAGUUUGGUAUACGCAGGGAACCUUUUUCAUGGGGAAGCAUUCAUAUAUGAAGUCCCUUCCCAUGUAGUUGGAAUUGUUAACAGUCCGGGACCAAUUUUACCACUUCAUCUGAUAUUGUGUGACCCAGCUGUCUUUCCUGACCCCAGUGGUCUAGGCAAAGUGACAGGUGCCAUUGACAUCUGUGUGCUCAGAGUGAUUCUCUGUCACCAUCUGCCAGGAACCAUAAGACGUGGUUGCCAUGUCAGGCUGCUAGCCCUUAAGGCAAAAGAGAAGUCAAGAGGAUUACACAGGCAGCCUCAAAUGGAGGCAGUCAGUUUCGGCUUUCUUGCUUAUUUGAGUUUUGCCACUCAAGUGCUCAACCUGGGAGCUGUUUGCCACUUGUGAAAAAGCAAGUAGACAACUUUGUUCAUUUCCUGUAUGUGAUUCUGUACAGAACUGAAUAUUUUAUUUUAUUUUUAUUUAACAAAAUUUAUAGACUACUUGAUUGUAGUAAAAAUUUUGAGUAGUUUACAAGAAAUACUAAAAGUACCAAUAAAAACAAGUUAAAAACACAUAAUUAAAAACAUUUAAAAGAUAACUAAAAUAAAUAGUAGACAAAAAAGAUUAAAAGACAUCAACAUCUAUGUGUCUGGUUAGGCUUGGCUAAGCACAAACAUUUUGAGCUGGUGCUGAAAAGAGUACAGUGAAGGCUCCCGCCUGAUGUCAAUAGGCAACAAGUUCCAAAGUGUAGCAGCUGCCACACUAACAGACCAAUUUCUUUAAAGUGUAGAGCAAGUAUUAUGUGGCACCUAUAACAGUGUCAUCUCCAUAGAUUGAAGCAGUUGAGAGGGUGCAUAUGGAGUAGAGAUUUCCCGAGUAAACUGCCCCCAACUGUUAGGGGCUUUAUAUACCAAUAGCCAAUUGAACUUUGACUGGUAAUAAAUCAACAACCCGUACAGAUCUCCAAGCAGAGGUGUUACAUGCUGACAGUGUCUCACUCCAGUCAGUAGCUAUGCUGCAACAUUCUGCAAUAGCCGCAAUUUUUGCAUCAAGCAUAAGGGAAGCCCCACAUAGAGUACAAUGCUGUAGUCCAGUCUUGAAGUCACCACUGCCUAGACUACUGUGGUCAAGCUCUUCUGGUCCAGGAACAGUUGUUGAUGUUGUAGUAAGCCCAUGGGUAGGCAAACUAAGGCCUGGGGGCUGGAUCCGGCCCAAUCGCCUUCCAAAUCCAGCAUGUGGAUGGUCCAGGAAUCAGUGUGUUUUACAUGAGUAGAAUAUGUCCUUUUACAGUGGUGCCUCGCAAGACGAAAAGAAUCCGUUCUGUGAGUCUCUUCGUCUAGCGGUUUUUUCGUCUUGCGAAGCAAGCCCAUUGACGGAUUAGCGGAUUAGCACUAUUAGCGGCUAUUAGCGGCUUUUAGCGGCUUAUCAGCUUAUCGGAUAAGCAGAUAAGCGGCUUAGCGGCUUAGAAAAAGGGGGGGAAAGGGGAAAAAAACCGCAGGAACUCGCAAGACAUUUUCGUCUUGCGAAGCAAGCCCAUAGGAGCUUCGUUUUGCGAAGCACCUCCGAAACGGAAAACUCUUUCGUCUAGCGAGUUUUCUGUCUUGCGAGGCAUUCGUCUAGCGGGGCACCACUGUAUUUAAAAUUCAUCUCUGGGUUACGUGUGGGGCCUGCCUGGCGUUUUUACAUGAGUAUAAUGUGUGCUUUUAUUUAAAAUGCAUCUCUGGGUUAUUUGUGGGGCAUAGGAAUUCAUUCAUCAUCCCCCCCCAAAAAAAAAUAGUCCGGCCGCCCACAAGGUCUGAGGGACAGUGGACCGGCCCCCUGCUGAAAGCGUUUGCUGACCCCUGUAUAACUAAGCACAGCUGUUAGAAGGUGCUUUUAGCCAGUGUGGCUACCUGGGCCUCCAGUAUCAAAGCAGGAUCCAGAAGCACACCCAGGCUGCAUACCUGCUCCUUCAGGGGGAGUGCAGUUCCGUAUAAGGCAGGCAAUUGACCUGUUUCUUGAACAUGGGGACCACUCAUAUAGAAAAACAUACACUUUGUGUGAUUCAAGGCCAACUAAUUCUCAAGAGAUAUAUUUUUACAAAUAAAUCAAGGCAGUUUGUUAUUAUCAAGGCAGUUUGUUAUUAUUCAAGAGGAAUAAUGUUACAUAGUUUAAUUGAGGAGGUUCCCUCCAAAUACCAAUGUUCUCCUUCGCUACCACCACCGCAUAUGCAUGCUUGCACAUGCACACAUGUGCAAGGGAUAGUUAAGGUCAUGGACAGGGAGCCCUAUCCAGAACCCAGUCUAUCUAUCUCCUGAUGCUAUUCGCAGCUCCUGGAGGUAUAUGGCACUUUAUAAUUUCACAUCCUUCUUGUGUAACACACAGUUGUCAUGGUGAUUGUGGGCUCAAGGCACCUGUUGCUUUCUUUUGAAAGUAUAUAUGAAGCUCUUUCAGAGCCGUAGAGCUAGAUUUAGACAAGGAGGAAAACAAGGUAAAAGGGAAGGGGGGUCAGGAGUGGUGGGAAUGGUAGUCUGGGUUUGAGGCGGUUUACGAUAGUAAGAUACCAUCACUGAUCUUGGCUGAUAAAAUGAGGUGAACGCUAUGUGCUCUUCUGUUGCUCUCAACUAAAAAGCAAAAUCCAGGGCCAACCCAGGAUAUUUUGGCACUAUAGGCAAAGCAGAAAGUGCCGCCCCCACCUCUUCUUCUGUGCACUCACUACUCACCUGUCCGCUCACCUAAGAGUGCCCCUUCAUACAGCAAUAAUGUCGUAACACUGGGGAAGCAUCCAGCUUGCAUAUAAAUCCACCACUAAUGUCAACAACAUGCUACAGAAUGCACCCACAAAAAAACACCACUUUGGAGGGGCGCUUAGUAGAACACCAGCCCAUACAUAUUUCUCUAUGUUAGUCAUUUGUGAUAAAAGUACCAUAAGACUUUAUUCCAGUUUUUCACCAGUUUCUGUUGCCUGGUUGCUUGUGAGACAAUGCUUAUCACAGGCAACCAAUGUGAUAGCUAUUUGCAAGCCUGGGCUAGGAAACAGGAAGAUGAGAGGUGGUUGAAAUAAGGUGAGAGAUAACUGGGGUUGGAGUGGGAAUUCUCAGGGCAAGGGCUAAGCUGGGAGCAGGUUUGGCAUGGUGGAUUAGAAAAUCUAUGAUGUGCCAGAGGAGAGGAAAGUACUUUGGCUAGUGGUGUUGACUGACACAGCUCAGUGGUUUGGAAGAUAGAUAGAAACUAUUGUUUAGUGCAAUAAACCACCCUCUUUGGUGAAAUACCAAUCCAAAGAAUAUAGCAUGCCCACACCCAAAAUCCAAACCUUUAUGCACACAAAUAUAUGAUGAAAUCAGCAUGCUCAUAUACACAGAAAUCGAGGGUGGUGGCUUCAAUGUCAUAGUGUGUUGGAUAAAAAAUGAAAUAGAACACAUCCAGUCCUGUGAAAGCUGUUGGGCUGCUUAUUAUGUUGAGAGAUUGAGAGCCCAGCACAUUAGUAUUCUCACACACAUCGGUUCUGCAAACUAGGAUUCUUUGUCUCCCCCAGCCCACCUUAUCCUGUAGAUACCCCACUAUCCUGGUGCUUUAAUCAACUUUAUUUUUAUUCCUUCCCUAUUUUUAGGUCUCUCUCUCUCUCCCUCCCCCUCCCUUGUUCCUACCUCACUGUUUACUGGAAGGAGCAUUUUCUUUCUCUGCAUCCUCUGUGUUGCCUAGCAACCAGGUGCACCGCAGAUGCCAAUUGGCUGAGGCCAUUCAGCCAGCACUAGAAGCAUUGUGCCUCCCCCCCCCCCUUCUUCAUAUAGACCCACCAUACAAUUCUAGAUAGAAAGGGGAGUGUGUGGGGGGAAAGGGGAUGAUUGUGGAAGACAGGGUGACAGAACAUCCAGUCAGGAGAUGUUGGUACUUCUCUGGGCUCAUGAUUCACUCAAGCUAGGCAUGUUCAGCUCUCGGUGAAGUGCAUUGUGGCCUGCUGCAGCCAUGCUUUACAUCUCCUAUUCCUUCUUUUGCGUCCUAGGGAUAGCUUAUUUUCUUCCUCCAUGCUGAGAAAACAUUACUUUCAACCUUUGCCCUAGUCUUCCCAACCUAUUAUUAUUGCAGGAUCCCAGACUCACUGGAAAUGAUGGUGAUUGUUUUGCUUCUGUUUUUAUCCCACCUUUCAACUCAGAGGGCCCUCGAGGCAACUUGCAAAAUGAUAAAAUGCCAAUAGAAUAUGGAGAGAGGGAGAGAGGGGGGAAAACAGCUGCAGAACAAGGAAACCAACAGCAGGCUAUAAUUCAGAUGUCUGAUCACUUGCUCCCUUCUCGUUAAAGUAGUAAUAAAGGUUUGCCUUUAUUUACUUUUAAGACAGAAGGGAACUAGUUGCACAGGCUUCAAAAGGAAAGGAUGUACCACUGCAGAGAAGGCUCUGCAGCCUGCCUAAGGUAGACCAUCUGGAGCAAGAUCCUACCCAGAUUAUAUAGGGAGUUGUUUGUAAACUUACAUCAUUUCUUACAAACCUAAUACUGUACAGAAACCUAAUGCUAUAAAUCUUUGGCAUAUUUUGUUUGUUUUGCUACCUUCUUCCUAUACAUUAUAUGGUUGCAAGCAACUCACUUCUCCCUGCUGGGGCCGUAGUCCGCCAAAGGAAAAAGGAAGAAAAGUGUAGAUAUUUUAAUAUACUAAAUAUAGACAUAUACAUCAAUGAAACGAUUGACAUUGUACACUACAAGAGAAACCAAAGAAAAGAGAUGUGUUUAACUCAGUUUUAAGCCUGUAAUAUAAUGGUCAUUCCCUUUCUCCCCAAAGAACAUAGGAAUUGUAGUUCUGUUAUCAGGGCUAAGCACCUCUAAGAGAAGUCUCUGCACUUCAGCAAGCUACAAAUCCUAUGGCUUUGAAGGGGAAGCCCUGGCAGUUAAAACUGUUUUAAGUCUUGUAGUGUAGAUACACCAUUAGGUGGCCUGGGGAAUAUUUCUUCCUGACUUGAAUCAUCUUAUUUUUAAUCAGCCACCUGUCUCACUUUUUGAACUGAUUCAACACACCCAUUGCUGAAAUUAAUGAUGUUUGGGGUGGGGGUUGAAGUGUAGAUGGGUUCCCACGAGGCAAGACACAGUGAUAACAGAAAGAACCUUUAUUGAACUACAUAACUGGGAGGCAGAGGCAAAGCAACUACUUAUAUACAUUUCUGAAAGCCUGGGCCACUCCCACUCCCAACGUGAUUGGAUGUCUACACUUGCAAACUGCAAAUCACGGGCCAGUGGCAGAGGCCAAAAUCCUGAAAUGUUCUGUGAUUGGACAACAUGUAUCGAAACAGAACAAAGGAGCUCAGAAAUCUUAGUCCAGACUCAAGCUUGGGCAAACACAGACCACUGAAUACAUAACAGGGUUGGAGGGAGAAAUACUUGUCUAGGGACAGAGCAUGAUGAUACCAUGGAAUAGGAAGUUUGCUCUUCAAAACAAGCAAGCUCCUGAGAAAUAGGCAAGCUCUUCCUCCUGAGCAGGCGCAUCACUUCCCCCUAGGAAUCCUGUUUGCCUUCAAUGAGUGAACCAAACUGAGCUCAUUGUGAUCUUUUUUCCCUGGCUACAAGAGUCACUUGAAAACACAGUGAUGUGAUAGUGUCCAGCAGAGCUAUGAAUUUAUUCAUGCUUCAUAUUUAUUUCUAGCAGCACUCACAGUGAACCAGGCACGGUACUGUACCCACUCCAGCAAAGGCAGGAAUGUCCUCCAAUUGGCUUUGAAAGUAGAAGACCAUAAACAAGGUGAUUUUAAACAUCAUAGAGGCUCAUAGAUCCAACUGGCCCCAGAAGCUUGGUGCUGACUUACAAUAACAACAAAGAGUCCCAUUUAAGGCUAACAAAUUUAUGGCAUAAGGUUUCUUGGACUGGAGUCAAUUUCAUCAAUGGUUCUCCCAGGUUUCAUGGAAAGUUUUUUCCUUCCUGAGGCCACAUGUCAGUGGAGGGCGGGGCCAGAACCAAAAUUGGAUGGAGCAACAGCUGUGACUCUGUAUAGUAGGCUUAUAGUAGAUUGAACAGGACAAGACUUCUAAAAUAGGGUCAUGGUACACUUGAGUCUCAUGAAGCCAGUGCUUGUGCUUCUGGGUCUUGUGCAAAGAAAGAAUGUGUGUAUCUCCCCUGUACAUGUGUCAGGCAUGCAAGGCAGCUCUCCAAGGGUGGAAUAUGCAUGUCUCCUUAGAGGAGACUCUAAGAUGUGCAACUCCUGAACUCUCUGUGGUGAAAAUCAGAAAGGGUAGAGCAAUUGGAGGUGGGGAGCUCCACAGGGUACAGCAAUAGAUUGUGGAAUAAUGCUUGUGGGGAGUUAUGGGAUAUUAUUCUCCGGACAUCAUUCUAGUGGAUGUUAGUAAUGUGAGCAAGCUGAUGUAGAUUUUGUGUUUGCAUUACAAACCCAACUGAAGGGGCAAGAGCCAUUUUUAAGCUUUAGCCUUGGCUUAAAGAUAAACCCCAGUGUUGUCAUUCUUCACAAUAACAGAGGGACAGAAGAGUUCUUGGGCAAAGCAGUGCUGUGUGAAGAGAGGUGAUGAAUUGCCAUGCCAGCGUUGUUUUAAUUUGUCAUAAGGACACAGUGCAUGCAUCCCUUUCGCUCCUCUUCCCCAGGGAAAGGGCAUCCUGGUUAGGCCCCUUCCCACGCACCCUGGCCUCUUCUCUUCCACCCACCCAGCAGAAAGGAACAGUGAUUUUGAUGUGUGAAUUAGCAACUGGAGAGUGAUUCAUGUGUGAGUCACAGCACAAAGCACAGGUGGCAUCAGGCAAAUUAUAGGGCACCCACCCAACACUAGCCUCUUUCAAAUGCCAGGAUACAGCCACUAAUUUGCUCCCUUUAUGUACUGAGGGUCCUGUUCCCUUUCUUUGCAUCCUUCCUUUGCUUUCCCUACCCAAAGAGAGUGACAGUAAGCAGAAUAAUAUGGCCGGAAGAUCUAACAUUCAUGCUAUUAGACUAGUGCGCAUUCCAGACUAGCCAAGGGUACUCUAUUUAGGAACAUAGGAUGCUGCCUUAAACUGAGUCAGGCUAUUGGUCCAUCUAGCUCAACGUCGUUUACACUUACUGGCAGUAGCUCUCCAAGGUUUCAAGCAGGAAUCUCUCCAAACCCCUGCUGGAGAAGCUGGGAAUUGAACUUGGGACCUUCUGCAUUCUAGGGAGAUGCUCUAUCACUGAGCUACAGUCCUCCCCCUAAGGGCUUUUCUGCUAUUGAUCAUACUGGGCAAAUGUAGUGAUGGGUUUCUUGGAUUCUACAGGGUUUGGAUGGGUUUCUAUUCACACUGAUUAAUUGGGGUCCAUGGCAUUUUUGCCUUGGGCUCCAGGAGAGCAACAUCAGGUUCGGAAGUGAAACCAAAGAGGAUCCAGCGAUAUAGAGAUAUUAGGAAGGAACUAGGACUCCGUUCAGCAAAGACCAAGAGCAGAUCCACACCAUAGAGUAAUAAAUUCUAUGCAUUUAAUGCACAUUCAACAGAUAUUUAGAACACAUGACUAGAGCAGUAGAUAUCAGCCAGCUUCAGGCUGUGGAGAUCAGCCACCUUCAAGUCAUAAUCCCACUCAGCAAGUGAACUUGCCUUAUGGGUGCUCCAUAGCAUCCCACAGCCAGGUGAUCACCUCUGUCCACCUGCCAACUUCCUUCGUCCAAGUGAAAAAAGACUGGGCAAUGCUGAAUAUCAGAGUUGCUGCCUAUGCUGGGGAAGAGGAAAAAGCCCGCCUUUAUAUCCAAUCAUCUGUCAUGUGCUUCUUGUGGGAUAACCAGUCUCAUACAUGCUUAAGUCUAAUUAAUGCAUGAAAGUGUUAAAACCACAGAGUAAGCUGUCCUGCCAAGCUUAGCUCACCUUGAGAGGGACUAGAUAAUCAAGCCUUUGUUCUACUACUAUCUACCUGUGAAGCUCAACAUGUGAGGAAGUUUGAGCUGGUUGCUGCAGCUCAGACCACAUAGCUCUAACAAGACCCUCUUGGGUUCCUAUACCAAUAGUUAUUAUUUAUUAAAUUUGUAUACUUCCGUCCAUCUGUAGAUCUCAGGGCAGUUCACAACAUAAAAAUACAAGAUAGAAAUACAAAAUACAUAAUAAAAACAAGAACAAAAAAACCACAACCACAAAGCAAGAACCCCCCCCUUCCCCACCAUAAUUUAGGAACUUUCACCACUGUAACUAAGCAAUGUUUUACUGCCCACCAAACUUUUUCUGAAUGUUGUGUGGAAAAACCCAUGAAUCUGACCUUUGGAGAGUUUGUAAGCAAACAAUUUUUAACUUACCAAAUGUGUGCUCUUUUUCUAUGCUAGGGGAAGAGGGAAACUUUGGAAGGAACUCACAAGGGCAUAUUCUAAAGAUCUAACAGCCUAUAUUUCCACACUUUGCUUUGCUGCAUAUUCUCUGAUUUUAAAUCUCUGCUGUUGCCCCCGACAGGGUAUUCUCAUUUUAUACCUGUUUUUUCCUUGCCACCAACACUUUUGUAACACCGCAAGUAUUCUGUAGCCAAUGGUAACAGCUGCUAUGAAACUGAGAAAAGUGACCUGCCUCAGGCAGAAGUAUUAGAGGCUGUGGAUAGAUGAAACCAGGACCAUAGCUGUGCCAUACAUUUAAAGCACUAUGAUGCCACUUUAAACAGCCAUGGCUUCCCCCAAAGAAUCCUGGGAACUGUAGUUAAGGGUACUGAGAGUUGGUAAAGGUAAAGGGACACCUGACCAUUAGGUCCAGUCGUGGCCAACUCGGGGGUUGCGGCGCUUAUCUCGCUUUAUUGGCUGAGGGAGCCGGCGUACAGCUUCCGGGUCAUGUGGCCAGCAUGACUGAGCCGCUUCUGGCGAACCAGAGCAGCGCACGGAAAUGCCGUUUACCUUUCCGCCAGAGCGGUACCUAUUUAUCUACUUGCACUUUGACAUGCUUUCGAACUGCUAGGUUGGCAGGAGCAGGGACUGAGCAACGGGAGCUCACCCCGUCGUGGGGAUUCGAACACUGACCUUCUGAUCGGCAAGUCCUAGGCUCUGUGGUUUAACCCACAGUGCUAUCCGCGUCCCCUGGGAGUUGUUAGGAGACCCAUAUUCCCACUACAGAACUUCAGUUCCCAGAGGGGUUUAACAGGCAAUUCCUCUUCCCAGGGAACUGGGAAUUGUAGCUCUGUAUGGAGAAUAAGGAUCUGAAGCAGUUUUAAACAGCGUUGAAAACUGUUAAGACGUAUCAUAAUCAUAGGAAUAGGGUGGGAUCUAAAGAACACACAUCACAGAUGUCAAAAAACCAGGGCAAAGAUGGUUACUGUAUUUUUAUAAAUAACAGCCCAGUGAUGACAAGCAUAUCAGUAGUAGUUGCAUGGAGGACUAGGAAGAUCAAGGGGGAGAAGUUCUGGUAUCGCCAUUUACAUUUCACCAUUUACCAGCAUAAUAUGGCUGCAUUGACCCCGCUCUCCCAAAGUACAGUGCUCUGUACUUGAUGCAAGUUACUCUGAAAAGCCUAUAAUUCAUCUACCCUGUUUUGGCACCAUCAACAGUCUGGGACAUGCUGACUCAAACUCAGAUGCUUGACCUGGGUUACUGCUACAGUAUCUCAGAGAAAUAGAGCACCCAUCCCAUGUCUGUAUCACACAUUAUAAUUUAAAAGCAUAGUUUUAUAAAUAAUGACACCAGCCCUGCAAACGGACACCCUGAAAUGUAAGAAUAGCCCUCCUUACUUACAUGUACAUGAUGGACAAUGACGUUUAUUUGGGCAAGGGCCCUUUUGAUAACUAUUAACAAGAAAUCAAGAAAGGUAAGCGGAAGCAAACCAAUCCCUGUGUGUAUACAAAUAGCGUAUUUACUCAAAUGUAGUGCAUACCUUUUUGGCCAAAUUAAGUCGCGAAAAUUAGGGUGCGCAUUAGAUUUGAUGGUACAUUUACAUUCAUCAGCAAAUAGUUUUUUGGCAUCAAGCUUUUGAAAAUUGAGGUGAGGAUUGGAUUUGAUGACACAUUACAUUGGCAUAAAUACAGUAUUAACAUACUAGAUCGCAUUCCUUGUCCUGCAGCAAAGUGUUAUGUUUCAAGGCAGGGAUAACACCACCAAAAAUGUCGGGGCUUUUUAUUCUUUGUUUUCUAGAAAGAAUUGUAGAAUAGGAAAUAAUAGUAGUGGCUUGGGAACUGUGCUGGUAAAAGAUUUUCAGUGAUGGUAUCCUUAAGAUCUGUACCUGUGUUAACUGUACUGCAAAGGUAUUCUUGCAUCUUAAAUGAACAGGUUCAAAAAGGUUUCAGUCUUUUGUUUUGUUUCAGUCUUUUGUUCCCGUUGUCCAUUUCAAGUACACUAGGAUCUAAGCUCAUUUCCUUUCUUUGAAGUAUAAUAUCUCCAUUGCAUCAAAGGACCUUGUGAUAAGAGGGUUUCCAUAUGCUGUAAUAGCUAUCCUUGACCAGUAAGUGGACUCUUAACAUUCAGAAUAACCCCUAUUGACUUAUUAAUCACUCGAGCCCAUCUCCAACAGAGAAGCUGCAUAAUCAUCAAGCUAUAUUGUCUCACUGCAUGUUUAAAUAUGACUUUGAACUAUGAGGAAAUAGGGUGACCCAGACUGGCCCAAGGCAUUUUGGGGCAGAAAAUCCAAAAGACAAACCCUCCUUUCCUAUAACUAACAUGGAGCACAACCCAUCUCAUUGAAACAAAACGGAAACAACAUAGAGUGUUAUCCUCCUCCUCAAAGAUCUCUCCUGCCCCCAACACCUCUGCUGCCCCCUAAGACUCAAAGCAGGAGUUGCCAUUGUGUUGCUCACAGAGGCCUUCCCAGAUGCCCAUGGGGUCCCAACCAUCCCCCCAUUCCCCCACUGAAGUUUGGCUUGAAUGAAGCCUUCUGCAGCAAAUGGAAUGCUUUUUUCAAGCCUCAUUGCUGGCAAGGGGCAGGGGGAAUGAGCACAUGAGGGGGGAGGCUGAGAUGUGUGCAUUGUUGCAAUGCCUGCAUGCUAGCCAUCACAGUGUCUCUUGUCAGCAAAUGUCCCCAUGGGCUCAAGAAGAUGGACAGCCCCUUGCUUAAUGACUCCUGAAAUCCAUGGCAGCCACAUCACCAGGCAUCAUGGUUUGAUCACCUCUAUGUGCAACUGAAAUCUACAUGUUUAUAUUAAAUCCCUGUUUAUAUUUUAAAAGAACAUGGAUUAAAAAUAACCCAUCUAGCAUCUUUUGCUUGUCUGACAACUCACCUCACCAUGGAAAUCUGGUGUGAUAUUAGAAGCAGGCACAGAUUUCCAGAAUGAGACAAAAUGGGCUGCUAGCUGGUAUUUUCACUUUAUUCAAGAAUUUUGUUUUUGGCCUUUGAAAAAUAUUUAUUACCUUCUUUAGACAAUGUAGAGUAUGUACAAGAAUGUAGUAAGUCGUUUAGUUGUAUACCUGUACAUUCUGUUUCCUUCAGAGGUAGUCUUAAUCAUUAUGACAUUAUUUUAAUCAUGAUUUCUGUAUUUUGUCCUGCAAAUCCUAAAAGGAAUUUGAAAAGACUCACCUCUGGUCUCCCAGGGACUUGCCUACCUGUUAGUGGUGAUCAGCUACAGAUUAUUACAGUUGAAAUAUUUCACUUUAAUCUAUUUUAAGGGAGCCUAGAUUACAUUCCCAUAGUCUAAUUUUGCUCCACGAGCCUCUAAUCAGCCUAUUUUCUUUAAAUUGCUAAGUGAAACCCCUUUCUUUUAGAACCAAUAGAAACUAGUGCUGUGUACACACUGCCUCUUAGUCUAGCUCCGACAUGCACCACUAUUGUUUGAGGCUGAGUACACAUGAUGUUAGCCACAUCUGGGUCUUGUAGCUUCUCGUGAAAUGCUCCUGUUUGAUGUGCUUUCCCUCAAAUGAGGUUCCAUCUGAUUAGAAAACAGAAGCAGUGGUUAAACUGAGGUGUGUAUGGCUCAGGCAGCCAUUACACAUGUGCAACUUACAGCACAUGCACAGUGAAAUGGAGUCCAGCAUGAGGAAACAAAUCAGAUAAUGGACAUCCACACACCCCCUCUGGUCUGUACAGAGGUGUAAGAGACAACUUGACCUGCAACAAAACGUUGCAGUGUGGACUGCUCCUGCUGAAGCAACCUUCUGACACCAGCAUCACUGCUGCUUACGUGGAUGGGUCUAGGGUAUGAUGGCAUACCCCAUGGGUCUGUUGGGGCCAUGCAUGUACAUCAGGUGGGACUGCCAAUCUGGUGCUCCUGCCCAGUGCACGCGCAUGGCCCCAACCUUAACCAAUGACCCACCCUAGUCACAGUCAGGCAAACCGUGUUGCUGGUGUCAGGAGGGCGACUGCAAUUCUACACUGCCACACACACCACUACUCUCAGCCAUGCUGUCUGCCAUCACCUACCCACCCUGCCAGCCCUCUGUGUGUGUGUGUGUGUGUGUGUGUGUGUGUGUGUGUAUGUACGCUCAUGUGUGUGUGUGAGCACUCUUUCUCUCAUACACACUUACCUUUCUGUUCCAGAUAACCAUGCUCAGUCCUGACUAACUGGGAUUUGGGAGGGGGGUGUUAAUUUUUCUUUCCUCUUUCUCAACUUCUGUAAAACGUGGUGUUACCCUAAUCAUGCUGGUACCUCCUCAUGUGUGUAAAUGGUGCUGCUUUGGUUACAUAACAUUCCACACUCAGAAUCAGUUAACUGCUAGCUUUAGAAUUAUUCACAAUGGCUAUAUGGAGCCAGCAGUGUCAGGGGCAACAUAACCCUGAAUGCUAGUUGCUGAUCUGCAACAAAGGGGGUGUGCUAUUGCCCUCUUGCUCUGCUGGUUUGCCUCAGUGGGGGAAGCAGGUUACUGGGCUAAAUAGGUCUUUGGACUGAUCGAGUGGAGAUGUUCUUAUGUUUGCAUGUUUCCCCCAGCAUCUGCCUCAGUCUGAUUAAGGAAAUCCACAUGCUGUAAUAUUAAGACAGGAAGUCAACUUACACUAAGACAUCAUUGGUCCUUCUGACUCAGUAUUGUCUACGCUGACUGGUAGUAGUUCUGUAAAGUUUCACACUGAGGUCUUUCCCAGCCCUACCUUGAGGAUACAGGGAUUGAACCUGGGGCCUGCUCUGCCACUGGGCCAUGGCCUCCCAAAACUAAAAAGCAACCAUCAAGAAGCAUGAUUGAGAUUCCACCUCAAUGGAAGGAGAAACAGACAGGGGAAAGGACAGCCUUAAAACUGUUCCACUAUCAGUCCUACUCCAAAGCAAAGCUGAGCAGCAUGAGCAUUGACACCCUGGGUCAGUGACAGUCUCCCUGAUUAAUCUGAACCAUUCCUGGAAAUUGAAUACCAAAAUCCAUAUGUAGACCUUCAAUUCCCUUAGUAUCCUGGUGCAAGGGGACAGGUGGUGGCCUCUUUUCAGCAGGAGGAAAUGGCUAUUUGCUGGAAUUGGCUUCAGUUCUUUGACAAGUGUGUUUACACUACAUGCUUUAAAUGGUUUUUAAAAACAGGUUUAACGUUCACAGCUGCACUGCCUUUCCAUCUCAUGCUUUCGCCUCAGGCAAGAAGUCAUCUAUGAAUUAUCUGUGAUUGCGUAACGGUAGACUCCAUGGAGCCCUGUGCCCAAGCCGCUUAGGGAUGGGAGUUAUCUUUUAGUACAGUUCCAUACACAUCAAGACAGUUUCUGCUUCUGGGUAGACCUUGGCUAUUGCUUACAGAAGAGAAGGAUUAGAACAUUCUCCAAUACAGCGAAUGGAGAGUCAGGGUUCUAAAGAGAAACAGUGGGCAGACAGACCCAAAUGGGCAGUUUAGGAGAAAGUGGGCAGUUCAAAAAGAACAUUUGGGCAGUUAAAAAAAUUCAAGUCUUGCCAAAGUUGCAUUAUCUUUGGUGAUUCAAAACAACUGAUAACAAUGUGAAAAGUAAACUGAGUAGUCCAAGCCCCUCUAGAGCCCCAGGCCAUAAUCAAGGAUAUCCAUUUCUCUUUCUCCUGCCAAAGACACCCCCUGCAGACGCCACUGCUGUUUCCCACAGAGUAUUCACCAGUAUUUCUAAUAUGAAGGAAAUGUAGCAUUCUUCUGCAUUAGUGUAGUCAGAUUGCCAGUCCUGAGGACGUUCUCCUGCUCCGUGUAAAUUUGCUAAAUGUCAUGCUAUUGAGCAAGAAAACACAUAGGCACAUGCAAGGCAAGUGCAUGUGCACCAGUGUGUUGCAACAGAGCUUGCCGUGUGUAUUAUAGUCACAUGCCGCUGGACAGUUCUAAACUUUCCUUUUUAAGAAGUCCCAAUAGGGAGCUGUAGUCCAAAACACCUGGAAGGCACUGGAUUGGGUAAGGUGACUCUACACAGUAGAUGGUCCUGAAUCUGCUGUUUUGUUAUUUUGAAGCUGAAGUGACCCUGCUACCAACCAAAGCACUGUGCAAUGCUGAGCUGCUGAAGUCUGAGCUAGAACGAGGAGGUGGAGAGAGUCCUUCAGGACCUGGGGGGGAGGGUGUAGCAGGGUGGGAAGAGGAGAAGAACCUGCCGCUGAUGAGUAUAAGUGGUUUCCUCGUCACUGCCGAGAGUGAGUGCGUAGGAUGCUGUUAGACAAAGCCUGAGCUGGGAAGCAGCGGCAACAGAGCUUCUGUGCUCUCUGUGUGGAGUGCUUUCCUUUCCAACUGCUCUGUCUCAGGUAGCAUCAAUAUUCAGCCUUCCACACAUUUCUCUCCCCCUCCCAUCACCCCAUCCACAAAUCCUCCAAAAAGAUGCCCUUUUCGUUUAGUGCAGAAAAGGGGGCAUGAAGCAAAUGGGAGGGGGCGAACAUGCAGUGGGUGCUUCACUUUCCUCCCCCUCUCAGAGAAUCUAGGCUCUUGUCUUUUUUUCUGGCUGCAGCACAUGUUGGCUUCUCUGAUGGAGUUGGCAGAGUGGGUGGCAUCAAUUGUAGAUUCAGGGUGUGGGUGGAUUUGCACUUUGUGGGUUUUCAUUCUUUCCCCCUCCUUCCCCCAGACAAUAUUAGUAAUCAAGGCAGGGCAGAGGAUGGCAGUUUUGUUGCAUAUAGGGAGUGGAGAGAGGGAACAGGUCACUGUUGAAAGAGGAGAGUGAUGAUGAUGAAGUUCAUUUGUGCCUUUCUUGCAGAUGUUGAAGGGUGCUUCUUGGCUUUUCAUAAUGCUCACUUUCCAGAAGAGGGGUGGGGAAUUGAGAGGUCUUGUGGAGAGGAUGCUGGAAGGAAUGUGUGGUCCAUAAUCAACUUUACUGACUCCGAUGCAAAAUCAAACACCAUUUCCCCUAGCCAUCUAUGGUUGACCCAAAACUUUCCAGAUGGUUUUUGUGCAAUAAUUGCACUGUUGUUUGACCCAAAUGUUUCUACUGCAAAAUAUAUCGUUGUCAUAUCACUCAAACUAUGACUUUUGUCACUGCGGAAAUGCAAUCUUUUCCGCUUUCUCAUCUAAAUGGUGUAUUUAGCACUGUAUGGUACGUGGUCACACAAUGGACAAGUGAUAGACUUUAUGCCCCCCAUAUAUUAUAUGAUUACUGUUUUUAAUCAUGUUUAAAAACUUGUCUGCUCUCCUAGUAUAACAUUCCAGUGUGGAAUUGUUCCUCUUAACUCAGGGGGGACUCACCAGUGUGAUGGCCUCCAGAUUUUGCUGGAACCCAGCUUCCGUUACUUCUAAUGAAAGACCAUUUUGGCUAGAGCUGAUGGGAGUUGGAGUCCAACAACAUCUGGAGGGCACCAUUUUGUGUGUCCCUGUUGUAAUUCUUUAACAACAACGGUAAGAACACAAACAAGGUGUGUAACUUUGGCAAGGUUCUGAUCCCUUUUAACAAUGCCCCACAAUUUCAUUGACUUCUUCCGCUACUGAUUUGGAAGGGUGGAAAUUUUAUUUUUUACACUUUGACUCGUAUGCUCAUGCUAACCUGACUCUGUGGGAUAAUCAAGAUUUGAAAAUAGAAAGGCAGUCUUUUUGUGGCAGAAUGGGGUUGAUAGUGAGAUUUAUUUGUUAGAUUAGUUAGCAGAAACAGGUAGAGAUUUUUGUCGUUUUAAGUUUUAUGGUUUAGAUACCACUUACCCACUUGUACUGAAUAGAAAUAUAUUCUACUACAGCACCUUUUAGUGUCUGUUUAUGGACCGUCAGCAGAUUAAAUGAAUAAUAUAUAUGUUUAAAAGUGUGAUCUGAGUAGAAUUGGGAAGCUGGCACAACUACUCUUAAGUGACUUUGUAGUAGCACACAAGUAACAUUUAACUGCUUCCAGUGUCAGCUGCAUAUAUAUCUUAUUGUUGUGAGGACCAGGCUUUCAGAAAUGAUUAAAUUACAAACAGGAAUAGAAUUUCCUUGCUACCUGUAGCUGUUGGGUCAUUUUUCACAUAGUAACAGUCAUUCCUGCAUUGCAGGGGGUUGGACUAGAUGACCCUCAGGGUCCCUUCCAACUUUACAAUUCUAUUAUUCUAAGUGCUAUGACACUAUAUAGAACAUAGAAGUGUAAGCUUGGAAGGGUAACAGGCUUAACAGCCAAGGCAAAGAGAUAUGGAUGGAACAGAAAAAUGGGGGAAUUGCCAAAUACGAACCGAUUUACAGAAAACCCCUGAAAGAAACUGUGUUGGUAUUAAAACCAGAAUAGUGAGCAAGCCUUGAGCUCAAGGAACAUCAGGCUGGAUGGUAAGCAAAAUAGAGAGUAGAGAAGAGAAAACGCUGUCUUGAUGUUGGCAGCCACGUUUUUGGCAAUCCUGUGCACAUCUACUUGGAAGUAAGUGCUACUGCGCCCUGUCACUUGCACCAUCUACUGUGUUGCAAACCAGGGACGAGAAACCUGUUGCUCUCCAGAUGUAGUUGAACUCCAACUGCCAUCAGCCCCACCCAUGGCCAGUGAUUAGGGGCGACAAGAGUUGGAGUCCCACAGUAUCUGGAGGGCCACAAGGACCCAAUCUCUGCUAGAAACACUUUCCUGGGGAGCAAGCUUCUCUGGAAACUGGCACAUUUUCCAUCGGAGCUCAGCCGUAGCUUUCUCGAAGGUGCCCGGCCAGUAGACCCUUGUUAUUGCAACAAACUAACGAGACUGCCCCUCUCUGUGUAGAAGAAGAGUCAUUUUGUGUAUUUUCGCGGCGGGACCAAGAGCAAGGGCAAUCUGUGGCCAGUCUACCCGCCCUGCUAUUGCAUUGCCACGAGAAUCGCAGCUCAGGCGAGAGAUCCACUCUCUCCCACCCCCACCCCCCCCGCUCCUGUGCAGGUUCCUGAAGAGCUGCAUCCCUGACAGAGCCCAGACUCUCCUCCCCCGUUGCUGGGAGCGCUGCCUCUCUCUCUCUCUCUCUCUCUCUCUCUCUCUCUCUCUCUCCCCAUCUCCAAGUGCCUAGGCAGGCAGGCAGGCAGCCUUCCUCCCGCUCCCUCCCUCCCCGACAUCAGAUGCCUGGCUGGCUCCCACACGCAUGCUCCGAGCGGCACUUUCUCGUCGCCAGCAGCGCCCGGAGCAGCCGCGCAGGGCGAGCCGCGGCGCCUUUCCCGCACCCCGGGGCAGCGCAUGACUCCAGCAGGUAACGGCACGCACCCCUCGCGGCUUGGGGAGUCUCUGGAGCGCGAGGCCGGGGCCCAGGCCCAAGCCAGACUCCAGGAGGAGGGGGAGAACCCCUCCGCUAGGGUCCCAGAUGGGGGCGCCUUUCACCCUCGGGAGCGUCUAGAGCGCUCUGCCCGCCGGGGAGGAAGCGGCGCUGGCGGAGCACGUGCCCUGGCGAGCCGGAGCUGGCUUUGUUCGGAGGUUGCUCCGGCGCCACCUCAACCUAACCGGGGGCAGGGGGCGGUGGGCAGAGUCGCUGCUCCAGCCGCUCACUCCUACAGGUGAUCAGAGGGUGAUCAUGGGAUGAAGAUCCCGGGUGAAGUCGCCUUGCAUUUGCGCGCGGUGCGGGAGUCGUGCGCGCUGGGUUCCCUCGUGCGCUGCAAGCGGGAGAGGAGGAGGUGCCCUGCGCGCUCGCCGUCCCCGGGAAAGCUGCUCGAAGGCAUCCUCCGAGCAGCCUGCCUUCUCCAUGUGUGUGCCGUUAUGAAAGAUGAAAUUUGACCCCAGUGUUUUGCGGGUCUUUCCCCCCACACCCCGCUCUCCUCAUUGUGUGCGACCACGCGUACUAGGUAAAGCGUGUUGUCUCGGGUAGGUGCGCGCGCAUUUGGCCAUGGGGUGUGUGUGUUUUCCGCGCACGCCGCCGCGGUUAAGCAGGCGUGUGGGCAGGGAGCCGCGUUAGUGUUCUUUGCCUGUUUGUGUGCAUGCAUGCGCUCGCUCUGUUUAUGUGUGUGCUUGUGUAUGUGCGCGCGGAUGGAGCGUGUGCCCGUGCCCGCCCCCUGCUGGUGGGUUGUGAAGAUGUGCAUUUUCCCGUGCGAUCAGGGCCAGCGUAGUUUUGCCCACCUCCAUGGCGCGGGAUCCAUUCAUCAGUUUGCAGCCACAGCGCCAGUUCGGUUUCCGAGGCGACUGGUCUCUGCUGACAACCGCCUCCCACCCCCCGCCCGCUCGCCUUCCCCUUCCCCAGUGAAUCAUGGUUGCUUUCCUACCGCACACAAGCCAUUAUGGCAAGAUCUUCUCUCUCCAGCCAGCUAGAAAGUCCCUGUCUGCCCUCCUGGGGCUGCAGAUUAUUAGGGAUUCUCUCGCUUCUCAACUCUGGAUCCAGCAUUCUCUAGGCAGGGAUUUCGUUGACUCUCAGCUCUUUCGCUUCACUGAACCCUUCCUUCCAUUUGCCUGACUUUGCUUUUACUGGCUGUGCAUUUAAGUUGGGAGGCCACGGACCUUUGGGUUUCUAGUGGGAGGGAUGAGUUGCAUAUUAAAUGUGGAUGCAAGGAAUCCACUCCCAAUUUAGGCUCAUAGUAAACCCUUCACAUUUUAAAGGGCUCUUAGAGUGUUUGAAGUGGCGUAGAGAUAUUAACUAAGUAAUCUUUAGAACAACAGGGUGUGUGUGUUUGUUUAAUACGUUUAUAUCCCACCUUUUUCUCCAAGGAGCACACAUGAUUCACCCCUCCUCAUUUAACCCCCACAACAACCCUGUGAGGUAGGUUAGGCUGAGAGGCAGUUACUGACCCAAGUGAGCUUCAUGGCAGAGUGGGGAUUUGAACCGUGAUCUCCCAGGUUCUCGUCCAACACACUAACCACUACAUCGCAUUGCCUUUCCCUUCAUAGACGAGGAGGUGGGGUAACAAUGGGCCAUAGCUCACUGGCAGAGCACAUGUUUUGCCUGCAAAGGGUCCCACAUUCAAUCCCACGAUCUCUAGGUAUGGCUAGAGAACUCCUUUCUGAAACUCCAGAGUGCUGCUGCCAGUAAGUAUGUAGACCAGGCAUGGGGAAUUGCAAGCCCUGGGUCUGAAUGCGACCCUCCAGGCCUUUCUCUGGCCCUCAAGACUCUCAUUAGAUCAUCCUUCAUUGGCCAUGUUCCAUGCCCUCCUUGAGUACUCUUGGCUGACUGGAAUGUGUCUUUGAACUGUGAAAAUGCUUCUUCCUUGCCUGGAUGGACGUGUGUGUGUGUGUGUAUAGUACCAUCUGGCUUUUGUGUGAUUGAAAUAUAGCAUUUUAUACAAAAGUAAGAGUCACAUCCAUAGACCUGCUCACUUUUGCCUGUGGUCCCGCCCACCACUGGCAUGUGACCCUCAGAUUGUUGGCCCCAAGGAAGUGUGCUCCUCAGGGUCUAAAAGGGUCCCCACCCUAGUAUAGGCAAUACUGAACUAAGUGGACCAAAGGGGCAACAAAGUAUAGGAUGGCUUCUUCAUGGCUUGCCAAAGACUGCCUAGUAAGUUCAUGGAAGGAACAAGAUUUGAACCAGGGGCUUAAAUGUGCCUGCUUCUGGCUGAUGUGAUUUUCCUCAGACAGAUGCUGCUCCAUAACAGAGGUGUGAAGAAACUUUGGCCCCUUCAUAUACCUCAACGUCUGGAGGCCAAAGGUUCCCCACACCUAUCAUAAAGAUUGCUAGCUUGACCACAGUACAGGCAGCUCCCAGGGGCAGCAGCACUUUGGAAGCAGCAUUCAAGUUCUGCUGCUGAUGUCAGUCCUGGCCUGGGUCCUCAGGCACGUUGACAUGCCAUGGAUUUCCAGGGCCAGCUUUCAGGUUGGUCUUGCACUGCCCAGCUUAGUGCAGUAAGAAAGGCCUUUCUGCCAGCCCUGUUGAAUGAGCUGCUUUUUCCUACCCACAGACGAGAGGGAACUAACCUGGAGAUUUUGUGGAGCCCUUGCAUUGCUGCCUCUAGCUUGGUGGAGAAAGAAAUGAAAUGAGCCUUAAUCAUAGGAAAUAAAGCCAAGGCAGAAAAAAGGAGCUAGUUAAAAAUGAGUUUUUGAAUUCACUUCUGCUCCUGGUGCGAUCCCAGCCUUACCAUGGCGAUGCUAUGCAGCUCAGAUCGCUGUAGGGAAGAUAUUGCAGAUGUGCCAUUUAACAGCUGGGAUAUGGAUUGGGGAGUGACUGCAGCUAAUGCCUGGAAACAGUUUUACAGACUCUGAACUCUGGAACUAAACAGGUGCUUAGGCAGCUAAGCUCAGCUGCCUUGCUAACUUUUGUACAUUCAAAAGCAACAUCUGUUUAGAGGGGAACUUGGCCAUAGCAGAGCUUGAUUUCUCGUAUAAGAGACGGUGCAGCUCAAACCGGCCAUAAUGCCAGAUCUUAUACUAGGAGUCCAUAUGUGUUGGUUCUAGCUACUCACAUGUAUGUAAGGAAAAUGUGCAUGUGCUCAGAGACCCUUACUUUUUUAUUAUUUAUUUACACAAGCAGGAUUUGCAACAAAAGGUUGCAGCAUGGACUAUGCCUGUUCAGGACAAUCAACCUACAGGAUCUAUGCCCUGCACGUAGCUUCUGUGUUCAUAGAUAACACAUUUUCCUUAUUGAAACUGAUAUCUGGGUGGAUGAUAUCUGCUCACACAGGUUCUGUGCAGGAAGUGUGUAUUUACCUUGUGCAUUGGUUAAAUGACAGGAAUGUUACUGCUUCCUCUUGCAUACCUCCGAAUGGGAAUUCUUUGCAGCUUUCUGUUUGACUGAUGCUGAGAGUAGUGGGCGAAUAUAUCUGAGGAUGGGGAAAUGCUGCAAACUCUUUGGAUUGGCUUAUUAUUUUUAUUUAUUAGACUGAGUUAUAGUACUCAAUGAGCAAUUUAAUUGUAGUUCAGCUUUGAAAAUAGAUUCACAAAAGCUACAAACCCACUUGCCCAUGCAUAGCCAGGCUAGUUAGUUGCCACCUAAAAGGAAAGAGAAACAGAAAUCGCUUUUGUAAAACUUUCUGGUCAUCUGGGAGCAAUUCUGCAUUCAUCAUAGGUGACCAAGUUGUUCACAAGCCUGCUGUAGAUCACUACUGUACAAUGCAUCUCUGAAAGAAGAAAGACAUGUUCAAAACUUAAGUACUGUAUCUAAAAGGUUAUGGGGCCUAGAAGGCAUUUUUGAGCAUGUUUGUGAAUUUUCUUGAAGGAUUUUUAAAGUGACAUUUUUUACUAUAUUUUCUGGAAGCCAUGUGAUGAUUCCCUUGUCUCCAUUGUUAAGCGAAAGACUUUUAUCACUGAUGUCAUUGCUCAAAUGUUUUGCAAGAUGGAAGAAACUAAUUUUCAGCCAACCAUAUCAAAGCCUUUUCUCUAUAAGCUGCCUCAGACAUUUUAUCCUGACAAAGCCAACUAUACAAAGACAAUGUGAGGCUUCAGCAAUUGCUUUCCACAGGACCCGACCAGAAUGGCAUUCUGCUUAAGGAAGCAGGGACCACAAUUGCAGCUCAGGAAUGCACAGAGUAAAAAUAAGUACUGGCACACAGCUGGGUAGCAUUUAGGGCCUAUUAAAAAUGCAGCUUCCUUGUAAAUGCUGCAUUGAAUGCUUUUCUGUUUGUGCUAAAAUGUAAGCAGUAGCUUUGCUUGCCCAGUUGUAGCUUUGCUUGCCCAACACUCUUGAGUGUGAAAUGGUACUCUUGCUCCCAGGUUUGUCUGAGCACGAAUGUGAGCAACUUGUUUUUGCCCAAAUACAUCAGUAGGAACCUGGCAGUGGAACUCGGGGCAAGUGAUGAUUCUUUGGCUCCAAAGAUUAACUGGAAUAAAUAUUGAUUGAGACCCAGGCAGUCCUGUAGCUCUCCAGACGAUGUGGGACUCCAGAUCCCAUCUGGCCCAGCCAGCAUGGCCUAUGAUCAGGGAUGAUGGAAGUUGUUGUUCAGGAACAACUAGAGGACUGUAGGUUCCCCAUUCCUGAUGUGGCAAUUGCAUGAAAUGUGUAUGUGUAGCAAACAUGCCAAGUUAAGCAGGCAAAGCAGGUACGUCUUGUCUCCUAUUUGGUAUGGCCUUUCCUUGCAUCCCCCUCCGUCAGCAACAGACUUGAAAACCCUGCACAGUUACAACAAUAACUGUCUCUCUCCACACACUCUCCUAUCUGAGAGAGGCAGCAGGCAGGUAUGGUGUAGGUAUAAGUCCUAGAGGAUAGGGCAGGAGCAAAACCUUUCCCCCCCACCAUGGUGCACUUAAUUAUACCAUAGUUCUAGAAAGGGGAGAAUCUUCUGGAAUGCCUCUCCUGAUGUGAACCUACACAAAUCCUCUUCUUCUGAGGCCUUUCUUCAGGCUCGGAGGCUGGUGACAAAGGAGAGGGCCUUUUCUGUUGUGGUUCCCAAUCACUUCCUAGUGAGGUUCACCUUGCACCUUCGUUGACAUCUUUCCAGCAUCAGGUAAAGACUUACAUUUCCCACCCCCCAGGCAUUUGGUAGACCGAGAUGAUCUUGUUUUGUUUCUUUUUUUGUUUUUGUUUUUUUCUUUGAAAUAAUUUUUAUUAAGGUUUUAAACAAAGAAAAAAAACAACACACACAAAAAACAAUACAAAACUCAACAAUAAAAACACAAAACAUAACAAUUAAAAACAAACUCUCUUUUCCAUUUCCAAUUUUAAAUUACCUAUUUUCUGGACUUCCUCAUACCUCCCUCUUUUGUAUUCCAAUCCACAUUAUUUAUCCAGCAGUUUCUUUUCCACUUUUUUAAUCCCAAUCUUUAAUUUAAUAAAAUGUUAAAAUAUAUAACUUCAACUUUUUUUAAAAAAACCUAAUCCUUACUCUUAAUGUCAUAUUGCUUUAAAUUUUUCCCUUUUAUUAUCAAAUUUCCAUUUCUUUAAACAUCUUUAAUCUUAAUCAUUAAUCUUAAUCUAUCCUUAUCUUUAACCUGUACAGCUGGAAACCACUUAUUUUCAAUCCAACAUCACUCUAACAUUCCUUAAUUUUGCAGUGUUUCUGAAGAUAGUCUUUGAAUUUCUUCCAGUCUUCCUCCAUCGACUCUUCUCCCUGGUCACGGAUUCUGCCAGUCAUUUCCGCCAAUUCCAUAUAGUCCAUAAGUUUCAUCUGCCAUUCCUCCAGCGUGGGAAGUUCUUGUGUCUUCCAAUACUUUGCGAUGAGUAUUCUUGCUGCUGUUGUUGCAUACAUAAAGAAAGUUCUAUCCUUUUUAACACCAUUUGGCCCACUAUGCCCAGGUGAAAGGCCUCUGGUUUCUUGGGGAAGGUAUACUUAAAUACCUUAUUUAAUUCAUUAUAUAUCAUUUCCCAGAAAAACAUAAUCUUUGGGCACGUCCACCAAAGGUGAAAAAAUGUACCUUCAGUUUCUUUACAUUUCCAACAUUUGUUAUCGGGCAAGUGAUAGAUUUUCGUAAGCUUGACUGGGGUUAUGUACCACCUGUAUAUCAUUUUCAUAAUAUUCUCUCUUAAGGCAUUACAUGCCGUAAAUUUCAUACCUGUGGUCCAUAACUGUUCCCAGUCAGCAAACAUAAUGUUAUGUCCAACGUCCUGUGCCCAUUUAAUCAUAGCCGAUUUUACCGUUUCAUCCUGAGUAUUCCAUUUCAGCAGCAAGUUAUACAUUCUUGACAAAUUCUUAGUUUUGGGUUCUAACAAUUCUGUUUCUAAUUUGGAUCUUUCCACCUGGAAGCCAAUUUUCCUGUCCAAUUUAAAUGCCUCCAUUAUCUGAUAAUAAUGAAGCCAGUCUCGCACUUUGUUUUUUAAUUUUUCAAAACUCUGCAAUUUCAGUCUAUCUCCGUCUUGUUUUGUUUCUAGUGUACUGCCAAGUUUCUUGUAGUUAUUAUGGGGGUUGUUCAUUCUGUUUAUAUAGUAUUAUGUUUUUAAUGUGUAAGUUGCUUGGAGACCUUUGGUUAACAGGUCACUAGCAAUGAUGAUGAUGAUGAUGAUGAUGAUAAUAAUAAUAAUAAACUCAUUUCCAGCCCGUAUCCUAGAAAUGCUUAUGAUAUAAGGAACAGGGAAACAUGUGGUUGAGAACUAGAGGUCUGGGGCAUGGAAAAGACGGGUGCUUUUAGGUAGUUGAAUUCAUGUUCAAAGCAAAGGGGAGCCAGCAACUGUGCAGCACUGUCAGAAGCAAGGUUGAUGUGUUACAGUGAGAUUAUGCAAAGUGGUGUGUGUGUGUCUUUCACACCAUGAAAGCGUGGGCCGCAUUUAGAAGCACUGCUGAUCCCUUCUGUUCAGAGAUAGCAGAGUGCCUCCUCACUUUUGUCUUUCGUCAGCACAGGCAGAGAAACCUUAAGAAACUCCUAUGUGGUACCCUGGCCUUCUAAUGCUGUUUGGUCUCUGGGAUGUAUAAGUUGUUGUUGUUGGCAUCUAUCUGUCUCAAGAGAUAAUGGAGUGCACUUCAUUAACAGUACCGGGGCAACCUCUCCAGGGUACAAGCCUGGUCAGUGUGUAUGGAGGGCCUGGGCUGCCCAGAUGACAAGACCCCCUUCUUGGCCUCGCUGAUGUGGUCCACAGGAAAGCAGAGCAAUACGUUUGGCUCCAGCUUGGCUGCAGGAGUUGCCAGAAGGAGAUGUACAAGGCACCAUCCAACCAUCUUAGGGACUCCACUCCGCAUUUGUGUAGGGUUUGCUCCUUAGCCUUUUCUUCUCCCAAAGAUAUCCCUCAAGGCAAUGGAGGUUUAGUGUCGAGAGUUUUCCUUCUCCUAGAUCAAUGACUCCCAUCUACCCCUCACUUCCCUUUACAGCUCAUGCAGAACUACCUUCUUGACCAUUGAACCCACUAUUGGUAUCUUCUGCCCAAUCUGCCAGAGCCUGUCUUUGCAGGCAGGGGAAGUCUCUAACCAAACUGGGAGAUUGAGACCCGUCAACUACCCUCACCUGGUUUAGCCAGCCAGUCAAAGCCAUUCCCAGGGUGUGGCCGCUGUCACAUUCUGACAGCUUCUAGGAGCCACAGGUGAGAGCUGAGUGCAGGGUAGGGACCAAAGGUGGACAAAUUACCCCAGAAGGAGCACAACUUGUCCCCUACCAGAGAUGCUGCCCCUCCUCUAACACCCCAUACUAAUAAUCUGCAGUCAUCAGCCUCUCUUGCAGUAAAGGCUGAGAAUCACUGAUUAGGCAUUCUGGAAGAGCUGAGGGAUCUUUGUCAUUGUUUUGUAAACACUGCCAAGUGAUUAAUGUGUUAUACCCAAAGACACACAUACAUCCAGGUGUGCAAAAAUAAUAUACAGCGUGCACAAUUGCUUAUCCUUUUUGACAUUUAUACACAGUCUUUUUAAAGAAAAUAACCAUGGCUGUUAUCGUCACCUAUAUGGGCAUCAAACAUUUUUCUCCAUCACCACCUGGUUGGCAUAGCUCAUGGAUCUAGACACUGGAAGAUGGCAUUUUAGAGAUAAUGGAUAUGCCUGAAGACCUCCCCCUCACACAUUCACACACACCAUAUGAUCUGAAGUCUUCCAAUGGCAUUUCCAUGGAUUCCUCAAGUAAAUAUCUUUGAGUCACAUUUUGGCUACAUUGAAAUAGUGUAUAAAGUGCCCAGAGACAGCAAGAGAAAAGGGCUAUACCCAAAACUGGACACAAAGGGUGUUAAUGGUUUUGGAUGUUGCUGUUGUUUUAGAGUAAGUAGAAGGUUGAGGGCAAUCCUUAUUUUAUUUUAUUUAUUUUAUUUUAUUUUAUUUUAUUUGUAUCCUGCCCUUCAUCCAAAGAUCACUGAGUGGUUCACAACAUAAAAAUACAAAUAUUAGGACUCAGGUGUGUGGAGAUGUGUUAAGUGCUUUAAUGCUUUGCCCUGUUGAUGACGUCUUGAUCCAGAUAAACACUGCUGCACUUGCUGUUUACUUAAAAUACAUAUGUGAUUGCUUGCACAUUUUGUUUGGCUCUAAAGCAGGGUUGGGAAAUCCAUGGCUAUUCGGAGAUUUUGUUGGACUACAAAUCCCAUCAUCCUUGAUAAUUGGCCCUGUUGGCUGGGGCUGAUGGGAGUUGGAGUCCAGCAACACCCAGAGGUGGUACAGCUUUACCAUCCCACUCUAAGGGAAUGUACCUGUGUCUUGCCAAGAAGUGCUAGGUAGAAUUUUGAUGGAACGAUUGGCAGCUAGAGUUAGAAGAGCAACACAUUUAACAAGUUGUCUGGUAGACAUAGGUCACCAGGAAUUCUCUGCAGCAGGCUAUUAGUCUCUUUGGGGGUUGGUAGAAAAAAAUCUGUGAGCAAGUGUCCUUUAUAGGCUAAUUUACAAGGCUAUGUUAAAGGCUGAGAGGCCAGAACAAAAGGGCUUGGAUAACACUUUCAGUGAGCCUUUGGCAGGCCAGCUCAAAACAUUUAGCUGCUUGAGGCAAAGGAGAAAACAGUGCCCACUGAUUCCAUCUACAGAAGCCAACACUGGCAAGGGGAUAGCAAGCCCAACCACAACAAAGGGAAAUAGACUAGUUUAGAGGGAAGCGAGACAGGCUGUGGGGCACAGAUAGCCCUGUCCUCCCAACAGAGGGGUAUUGGUGGGCUCGGAAGGGGUGAGGAAUGCUGCUCCCCAGAAUCUGCUGCCUGAAGCAACUGUCUUCUUCUGGCUAAUGAUAGGGCCAGCCCUGGCAUGUGGGAUUCUACUUCCGCUCCUCUGCUUGACUUAGCAAGUUUUAUUUCCUCUUUCUUCAUGUCUAUUUUUUGAGACAGGUUUCCUUCCCAUCAACCACAUUUGCUUAUGAGCACCAAUGAGUUUCAGCCACCCCACCCCAUUUCUUUAAAGCACAGCAUUCACACAAUUCCUCAGGGCAUGCACACAAAAACCUUCCCAUCAAAUUUUGCAUCAAAUUAAGCAGCUUUGUGAGCAAGCAUUCGUGAGGCAUGCUUUAUUCCUAUCCCAGAAUUGGGAGGAUUUGUUGCUGGGGGGUGUUUUGAGGACAGAAUUGCAGGCUCCUUGAAGAUGCCAGCUUAUUACUAUUCAACUGAAAGCUGGCUUCUAAGAUCAAGGCAGAGUUAUGACUGCUAAGGUGCCAGCCGUUGAUACAUAACUUAUGUAGCUGAGGGAGGCAUAAUUAAAAAUAAUUGAAAAGUGGUAUAAUUAUUCUGGACUCCAGUUUACUGCCCACUUGCCUAUAUUGCUAUCUGGCCAUGAUCUGAAGUUUUCACAGCUGCCUAUUCCAGCUUUGUAUUCAACUAUUUGCCUGGUAGCCAAGGGAGCAACAAGGGAGAGGGACUUUUCAGUGGUGGCUCCACACUCAUGCUCUCUCCAGUUAGGUCUGCCUGGCACCACCAUCAACAUUUAUGCUUUAAAAAUUUUGUAAAUUGCUUGGGGAUUCCUUAUGUCGCAAGCGACUAAUAAGUUGAAUAAAUAAUAAUAAAGUAGUAAUAAUAGAAGCAUAGAAUUGUAGGAUUGGAAGGGAUCCUGAGGGUCAUCUAGUCCAACCCCCUGCCCUAAGCAACAAGGAAAUCCAUGCAGGAGAGUAAACAGGCUGGUCUAGCAUGAAUGGAUCUCUCUGCCUUCUCUUUGCCAAUCUACUUGGUUUCCAUGCAGUCUCUCAGGUCCAUCCUUUCUCUUCCAUUCCACUUGGUGGAAGACAAAUUUUUACCAGCUUACUAAGAGGCCAGUACACUGCAUUUCCAUACUAGUAGGGAACAACCCCAACCCCACAGGCUAGCAACUUUUGUGGGCUUACUUACAAGGCUGCCCUAUUGCAGUUCUCUUUUGUGCUUAGCAAUGGUAGGAUUUGAAUUUCAUUGACAAUGGGAAACCUGUAACCCCUGUGGUGUUGGAGCCAAAACAAUGUAGAAGUUCAAGCAGAAUUUGGUGCCAUUGUGUGGAAUGAGAGAAGGUGAUUGAGAUGGACAGGCAGCUGCCUGGUUCUUGGAAGAGACAGAUUAUUCAAACAUGGAUGGACACUGAGGGGGAACACAUGGCAGAACAUGUCACUGCUCAGAUGUAAUAGAAGCUGGCCUGAUUUGAUGGGAGAUCCUGCCCUGCCACAAUGAGUUGCACUCAUUUGUGUGAGAGAUGUUAGAGCUUCUGCAAUUCUGCACUAAAAAUCCCAUACUGCACUAGUUUUCAACUGGUAGGGUGAGACCCACUAGAGAGUUGCGACCUGAUCCAAUGUGAGUGGCAACAGAAGCACUACCACCAUGUAAAUAUUUGGUAAAAGAUUAAGAUAUGGGUCCUCAAAUGCAUGUUUGCGUUAAAAGUGGAUCCUGGGUCUGAAAAGGUUGAAGAUACCUGGUGUACAUCAUCUUCUUCCCCCUCCCCCCUCCCAAAAUAGAUUCUGCCAUCUGACUAUAUAAUGCAAACUAGGAACAUUCUGCACACACCUGGCAUUUUAUAUAUGUAUACUUGGAACUAAGCUUGUUUUGCAAACCAGAUGCAAUAGGUGCCUACAAAUCCUAAUUCCCAUUCCUCACUCACCCCUUUGCUACCCAAUCCAAACAUCUAAAUUAAUUGUGGAAUGGGUUAUUAGUACUUCAGAAAAACUGAAAGCGCACCACCUGUGAUUUCCCUCCACCUCUUUUUAUGUACUAUAUUAAUUUACAUUCAUGAAUUUCAGUUCCAGUGUAUUUUGUUACAUUUGUUGACGCUGUUGCCUAAAUGCACUGAUCUUUCUCAGCCACAACCACUGCCAAGAAAAGCCCACAGAAUGGACUUUACUGUUAUUCCAUGUGGGUCCCAGAAUGCAUUGCCACGAUGACUGUGGCACUGCUGCUGAUUUUCCCAUCCUCUUGUACGCCUUCCUGAGCUACAGCAUCUUUCUCAUCUAACAACAAACCUUUUUUUGGUCUAGCAAUCAGCACUAUUCCUUUGGACAGCUCCCUUGCUGAUAGAUCUGUCAUCUGUGUCUUUGCCCUAGCAAUCUCUCUAGAUCUGAGGUGGGCAGAAGGCAGAUUGGGAUUUACUGGGUGAUUUUCAGUAGAACCAAGGAUUUGUGACUCUCAUUUGUUUAUCAAUUAAAAGCCUAAAUUAGGCUGCUGAAGUGAAGAAAGCUAAUUAGGAGUGGACUUUGAUGUCUUCUUCGGCUAUCACUCGUAGCUGAGUAAGAUUGUCUUCCAUGACCACAGUCUUAACAGUGAGCCUGUAAGUGACUGUGGAGGCCAGUUCUGGAUCCACACGUCCUUCAACAAUGGGGACAUAGGUUUCCGGGUGGGAGCUGAUCAUGGUGAGGGUUUGCCGAAUGUGCCUUCCCGUUAGCCCAUUUCUCCUUUCCGCCCUGAGUUUGUGCUUCUUCAAAGUCCAGGACUUUGAUGUAAAAUGCCUUGGAUAUCUCAGUAAGUUAGAGCACGGUGCUGAUAGUGCCAAGGUUGCAGGUUUGAUCCCCGUAUGGGACAGCUGCGUAUUCCUGCGUUGCAGGGGGUUGGAUUAUCCUCAGAGUGCCUUCCAAUUCUAUGAUUCUUUGACUAUGAGUUCUGUUCAGUUCUGGUUUUCAAAACAAAUUCCUAUGCUCAGAAUGUGCUCAGAGGCACCCAGCUCUUUGAUUUUAUCUGUGUGCUUUUGGCUCUGGUUGGUAGAUCUUGGGAUUCUAGUAAAAACGACAGUGUAGAUCCAACUAAUCUGAAGUCUGCCCACCCCUGCUGCAGAUGAGUUGGAGCCUCGGCCUGCUUUUGUAAAAACAGCCACAUUGUCUUAGGCAAGGGCACCCGUGGGCCAGAUUCUGACUCCUCAAUCAAAAGCUUACCAAACGGUGCUUGCAAAGCCAAUGACCCUCCCUCGCCUGCCUGAGCAUAGAUUGCCUGAUGGCUCUUCACGGGGGAUUUGUGGCAGCAUCUAGUUGCUGCAAGAUUGCAGACCUGGGAAAUAUAAUGAAAUGCAGUGAAAAGCUCCAGCUGAGUUCCUUAGCUACAACCCCCGAGGGUGAAGACAUACGCACUGCAUGGAUUCAGCUUCCACUUACCAUGUGACUAGAGGGAGGAGGGGAAAUAGUUCUUUUAAGAAGGUGAAUGUUUACGUGCACUGGGUUUUGUUUUUUUAGAUCCAGGACUGUCUGAACUCUUUUUACUCCACAAUCCAUUGGCAAGCCCACCUUUUUGGGGCAGCCUACUUGCUUAGUGGUACCACUGGAGAACAGCAUUCCUACAAAGCCAUUGGCCAAAAGAGAGUGGGGUGUAAUAUCUUCAGCUUUCCCCAUCCUCACCCCCACCUGCCAUGGUGUUUUCUGUGUAUUUCUGCUAUCUUUAAGUUAACUGAUUAAUUGUUCCCCACCCCCAAAUGUAGUUAAACUUGUGUGUGUGCGCACGCAUGCAUGCACACAAAUAUAGGCACCAACUUUUUUACUCUCCUUCAUGAAGGCCUCUUAUCUGUUCUGACUCCCAGCUUGUAGCCCUGAAGGCAAAGCCGUUGACCCACACUUACUCACCCUGCGCAUGGAAGAUCACAUUACAGUGAAGUAGUUGUUCUUUUGAGAAGCCACUUAAGUGUUUGGGUGUAGCUUAGAAACAGGAUUUGUUGUUAUUAUUCAUAGAACUGUGGAUUUUUAGAGUUGGAAGGGACCCCAAGGGUGAUUUAGUCCAACCCCUGCAACGCAGGACAACUGCUGAAGAAGAGGCUUCUCUUUGUAUGACAGGCCCCUUUUGGUCGAGUGGAGGCAGCCAGCAAGCACAGCUGGCAAAACCCCUCCCCCAAAUAAACACACCCAUCCCACAGUGGCUAGUUUACAUGGAUAGCUACCUUUCCAAGAUCCAAUGAGAAUGACUUCAUUGUAAACUUCUGCAAUGGCUUGCUAACUGGAAGUGAGGCUGAAACCUUUUCCAAAAGUGACUUAUUUCCAAACGUCAAGCCUGAGGCACUGCAGAUGAUCUUUAUGAGAGCCUUUGCAAACCGUGUACGGAAUCUUCCUGGAGCACUCCUAUAUGGUGCCAGUGUCCUUUGAAACUCCAUAUCCCCAGAUUUUUGAAGGUUUAUUGCCAAUAGGGAAUCUCCUUAUUAACAGGGAAUGAUUUUUCCCACUCUGCCGUGUCAAUGACUUCCAGGUUGCUGACACACAAAAUCCAAAUCCAUAAAAUCACAAGAUGCGUCCUUCCACACUUGAGAGACAAGCGGCAGCCAACAGAUAUAGAAUUAAUUGCUGAGAAAUAAGAUGAGCAUUGGCACCAUCAAAACUGAAUAAGAGAUGUAAUUUAGCCUCCAAGGUGACCUGUUUGCUAAUAAUAAUAAUAAUAAUAAUAAUACCAGUCUCCAUUACAAUCUGAUUCCAGAACUUGUGCACAUAAUUACUUCCCACCACAUAUGCUAGUAUGUUCCUCAUUCCUUGUACCUCACAGCCCUGCCAGCAUAAAAUCCAAAGUUUUAAUUAUUUUUUCCUGGUGGAUCUCUAGGACAGCCUCGUAAAUAUUGUGUUGUUUGCUACUAUGUUAUGUUUGUGCUUUUAUAUUGUAAACUGCCCUGGAAUCCUCAGAUGAAGGGCGGUAUAGAAAUUUAAUAAAUGAAAAGUGUAAAUGUAACAGCAGUUCAAAUGCUAUUUUUGUCGUCAUCUUGCGAUUCCUGCGUUUUAGGGGGUUGGACUAGAUGGCCCUUAGGGUUCCUUACAACUCUAUGAAUCUAUUAUCAUUUCCCAUCUUCCAGGGUGGCAGUCCAGCUCCCCCCCCCCAAAAAAAUCUUCAUUUCUUCAAUUAAAAAGGCAUAAUUCUUCCUAUUAAUUAAUUAAUUUUAAAGGUGUUAUCUGUUUUAAUUAAAAAGCUGGAAAACUAGUCCAGGAAGGGGAUAGAAGAGCUGGGUUUGUUCCGUGACAAGUAUCAGCCUUUUAGCCCUCUGCACAGCUGUCUCCUGUGGCAAACUCCUGGAACCUCUUUCCUCAGAGCUCAAUUCAGCAGGGAGGAUAGUUUAAUUAAACAAAACACAGCAAGGUUGUACCUCAAAUUAUGCAUGUUUGUACACAGCCUUUGUUUCCAAGUCUAGGAUUGGUGCCUACAUUUUGCUUUGUUUACAUGGCAGAGAAAUCCACUUAUGCAAAUUAAGCACAUCUGCACAUACCUGUGCCGUCACUGCUUGUGGAGAGGUGUGCUGUUAGAGAAAGUAAAAGACAACCAGAAGGUAACAAGCAGGUUCUCCUUUUUGCAAGGGGAAGCCAAACUACUGUGUCUCACUCUUGCCAUGUCUGAAGGAAAAUCUAAGUGUGUGCUAGAAUGUUUUCACUCAGGCCACAUUUACACCAUAUAGUACAUUUAAAACACUAUGAUCCCACUUGUCUCUAAAAUAUCCUGGGAAGUAUGGCUUGUUAAAGGGGCUGAGCAGUGUUAGCAGAACCCUAUUCCUCUCCCAGAGCUACAGUUCGCAGAGUUCCCUGUGAAGAGGGAUUGUCCAUUAAACCAUUCUGAGAAUUGUUACUCAGCGGAGAAUAGGGGUCUCCUAAUAACUCUCAGCACCCUUAAAAAACUACAGUUCCUAGAAUUAUUGAGAGGGGAGCCAUGGCUGCUUCAAAUGGUAUCUGUGGAGAAGCAGCACACAAAGAAAUGUAUGUAUAUACGUGGUUGUGUGUGUGUGUACCAUAAUGCUUUAAGUGUGUGGUGUAAAUGUGGCCUCAGUCUCACAAUUUCCCUUCCAGUACUACUAUAUUCAGGGCUGCCGAUCAGAAGGUCGGUGGUUCGAAUCUGCACAAUGGAGUGAUCUCCCAUUGUUCUAUCCUAGCUUCUGCCAACCUAGCAGUUUGAAAACAUACCAGUGCAAGUAGAUAAAUAGUUACUGCUGUGGCAGGAAGGUAAAAGGUGUUUCCGUGGGCUCUAGUUUCUGUCACGGUGUUCUGUUGCACCAGAAGUGGUUUAGUCAUGCUGGCCACAUGACCCAGAAAGCUGUCUGUGGACAAACACCGGCUCCCUCGGUCUGAAAGCGAGAUGAGCGCUGGAACAGCCAUUUUAGAUCUGGUCCUAACCAAUGUUGAUGACCUGGUUAGUGGGGUAGAAGUGGAAGGAUCAUUUGGCGCGAGUGAUCAUGCUCUUCUGAAGUUUACUAUACAGCGGAAAGGAGCAGCCAAGCACACUAGGACUCAAUUUCUUGACUUUAAGAAAGCCGACUUCAUAAAACUUAGGGAAGUGCUGGGUGAGAUCCCAUGGACAGUAAUACUAAAAGGAAAGGGAGUUCAUGAUGGCUGGGAGUUUGUUAAGAGGGAGAUAGUAAAAGCACAACUUCAGGCAAUACCAAUGAGACGGAAACAUAGAAGGUGCCUAAAGAAGCCAGGGUGGCUAUCUUGAGAACUUUUAACUGAGGUAAGAUUAAACAAGGAUGUGUACAAAAAUGGAAAAGGGGAAACCACCAAAGAGGAAUUCAAACAAAUAGCCAGCACGUGUAGACACAAAGUCAGAAAAGCUAAAGCACAGAAUGAACUCAGGCUUGCUAGAGAGAUUAAAAGCAACAAAAAAGGAUUUUAUGGGUAUGUUCGUAGCAAAUGGAAGAACAAAGAAACAGUGGGGUCACUCAGAGGAGAAGAUGGUGAAAUGCAAACAGGGGACACAGAAAGGGCUGAACUCCUCAAUGCCUUCUUUGCCUCAGUCUUCUCCGAUAAAGAAAACAAUGCCCGACCUGAAGAAUUUGGAGCAAAUGAUUCAGCAGAGGAAACACAGCCCAGAAUAACUAAGGAGAUAGUACAAGAAUACUUGGCUAGUUUAGAUGUAUUCAAGUCUCCAGGGCCAGAUGAACUGCAUCCAAGAGUAUUAAAAGAACUGGCAGAUGUGAUCUCAGAACCACUGGCAGUCAUCUUUGAGAAUUCCUGGAGAACAGGCGAAGUCCCGGCAGACUGAAGGAGGGCAAAUGUUGUCCCUAUUUUCAAAAAGGGGGAAAGAGAGGACCCAAAUAAUUACCCCCCAGUCAGUCUGACAUCAAUACCAUGGAAGAUUCUGGAGCAGAUCAUUAAGCAAACAGUCUGUGAGCACCUAGAAAGGAAUGCUGUGAUCACCAAUAGUCAGCAUGGAUUUCUUAAAAAUAAGUCAUGUCAGACUAACCUGAUCUCGUUUUUUGACAGAAUUACAAGCCUGGUAGAUGAAGGGAACGCAGUGGAUGUAGCCUACCUUGAUUUCAGCAAGGCAUUUGACAAGGUGCCCCAUGAUAUUCUUGUAAAGAAGCUGGUAAAAUGCGGUCUUGACUAUGCUACCACUCAGUGGAUUUGUAACUGGCUGACUGACCGAACCCAAAGGGUGCUCAUCAAUGGUUCCUCUUCAUCCUGGAGAAGAGUGACUAGUGGGGUGCCACAGGGUUCUGUCUUGGGCCCGGUCUUAUUCAACAUCUUUAUCAACGACUUGGAUGAUGGACUCAAGGGCAUCCUGAUCAAAUUUGCAGAUGACACCAAACUGGGAGGGGUGGCUAACACCCCAGAGGACAGGAUCACACUUCAAAAUGACCUUGACAGAUUAGAGAACUGGGCCAAAACAAACAAGAUGAAUUUUAACAGGGAGAAAUGUAAAGUAUUGCACUUGGGCAAAAAAAAUGAGAGGCACAAAUACAAGAUGGGUGACACCUGGCUUGUACAUGUGCAGUACAUGUGAAAAGGAUCUAGGAGUCUUGGUUGACCACAAACUUGACAUGAGCCAACAGUGUGACGCGGCAGCUAAAAAAGCCAAUGCAAUUCUGGGCUGCAUCAAUAGGAGUAUAGCAUCUAGAUCAAGGGAAGUAAUAGUGCCACUGUAUUCUGCUCUGGUCAGACCUCACCUGGAGUACUGUGUCCAGUUCUGGGCACCACAGUUCAAGAAGGACACUGACAAACUGGAACGUGUCCAGAGGAGGGCAACCAAAAUGGUCAAAGGCCUGGAAACGAUGCCUUAUGAGGAACGGCUAAGGGAGCUGGGCAUGUUUAGCCUGGAGAAGAGGAGGUUAAGGGGUGAUAUGAUAGCCAUGUUCAAAUAUAUAAAAGGAUGUCACAUAGAGGAGGGAGAAAGGUUGUUUUCUGCUGCUCCAGAGAAGCGGACACGGAGCAAUGGAUCCAAACUACAAGAAAGAAGAUUCCACCUAAACAUUAGGAAGAACUUCCUGACAGUAAGAGCUGUUCAACAGUGGAAUUUGCUGCCAAGGAGUGUGGUGGAGUCUCCUUCUUUGGAGGUCUUUAAGCAGAGGCUUGACAACCAUAUGUCAGGAGUGCUCUGAUGGUGUUUCCUGCUUGGCAGGAGGUUGGACUUGAUGGCCCUUGUGGUCUCUUCCAACUCUAUGAUUCUAUGAUUCUAUGAACCCCAUAGUCACCUUUGACUGGACUUAACCAUCCAGGGGUCCUUUACCUUUACCCUUACUUUAUUCCAUGUGAUUGGAAUAUGGUACUGGUUACAAAAUUCCUGAAAAUCAAUCUUCCUUUCUUCCUUCCUAAAGUAAGUUUAUAGUCCUCACUGCUGCAAAGAUAGACUUGAAAGUGCAUGGGCAACACCUGGUAAAAUUGGAAAAGCCAGAAAGUGGAUCAUUGGUAUUCCCAGUGGGUAUUCCCAGCGGAUCAUUGGUAUUCCCAGUGGGCUUUCAUUAUCCCACAUAGCUCCUUGUCCUUAUGAUCAGCAGAAGACAUUACUUGACUAAGCAAAUAUAUGCAAGCAUCUACAAUUUGCAAAUGAAUAUGCAGAUGAAGCACACAUUUAUAUUUUGGCAACUCCCCUCCCAACCGUAUUUUCUAAGUGCAAUUGAAAAUGUAAUUCUGUUCCAGUGUAGCAAUAUGCCUUUGGAGAGCUUCAUUUAUUGGCAGACCUUUGCUCUUACUCUGGCAGUCUCUGUAGAUGGACUGGAGCCUCUGCCUCUAUUUUUCUUAGGCAAGGAUGUCCACUUGGGUUGCAAUUGCAUGUACUUGAGUUGUGUUUGCAUGUAUUUGGCUUAUAUCCAACUCUAGAGAGACUACUGGAGCCAAGAAGAUAGGUCUGCCAGAAAAGGAGAUGUCCAAAGGCUUAGUGCUUAUUUCUAGAAAGUGGCACCAAAUAAUAAUAUUUUUUUGCAGAGUGCAUGCCAGUCCUAUCCUUUGCCCAUAAUAAAUGUGGAUGGAAGGGAAAUAACUAACGCACAGAGAGAUGAAGGGAGGGUUCAUAACAUGUCCACUAGCAGGAGAAGUUUUAGAUUAAGUUUGGGGAACCUUUGGUCUUCCAGAUGUGGCUGAACUACAACUCCCAUCAUCCCUGGCCAUUGGCCACGAUUGCCGGGACUGCUGGAAGUUGUAGCUCAGCAACAUCUGGAGGACCAAGGGUUCCCCAAACCUGGUAUAAAUAUUGAUAGACUUGCUUAUCCUAAAAGCUUUGGCAGAAAAGGUCAACCGCUUCGAUCAGAGGAAUUAGCACUACUAUAGGUGCCACAUGAUACCCGCUCCGUAUUUUUAAGAGCUUGAUCAUUUAGUGUGGAAGCAUCUACACUUUGGGACUCCCUGCCUGUUGAGAUCAAGCAGGCGCUUUCGCUGUACUCUUUUCGGUGCCUGCUAAAAACAUUCUUGUUUAGACAAACCUACCGAGGUGUUUAGAAAGCUGAGGUAACUUUAAUCUGUUUUAGUAUUUCAGCUUUUGUAUGUUGUAAGUAGGGGUAUAGUUUUUUCUUGAUUUUAGUGGGGGGGCUUGUAAACCGCUUUGAAGUUUUUUACAGUCAAGCAGUAUAUAAAUUUUAUUAAAUAAAUAAAAUAAAAAAAGUAGGAGGAGAAAUAUGUUUGUAUUAUAUUCAUAGGUGUGGGGACAUAUAAGACUUGAAUACUCUCUAGUACUCCGAAUACAAGUUUCUGGAUACAUGGAAGCAUAACUUUGAGCAUUCGCCACCAUUAACUGGAAUAUAAGGUGGAUCAUCCUUUCCUAACCUGGUGUCUUCCAGCAGUUUUGGACUACAACUCCCAUCAGGCAUAGUCUGCACAGCUGAUGGAAUUGUUGUCCAAAACAGCUGGAGGGCACCAGGUUGACGACAGCAGAGGCAGAUCUUGACGCAGUGCUUUUAUUGCUUGGAGGAAUGCGUGCAGAUAAAACAUAGGAGAACUUGUUGUGCCAAAGUGCUUAACUCACAUGUUUCUGCAACUGGAUGUAGUGGUCCCUGUGGAUGAUAUCCUCCCAUGGAAAAAUGUAAGUAGCCCAAGAAUCUCUCCUAGAUCUUCUUGGAUUCAAAUUCAAGUACGUGGCUCCCUUGGAGUGGGGCUGUAGAGAAGGAGCUCAUGUGUGACAAAGCAGUGAUGAAUGAGGUGCCUCUCCCGACUUACAGACUCCCUACCCUGGGGAAUAAGCGCUUGCUGGAGUGUACAGGGAAGGAGUGCCACAGUUAAUAAAGUGAUAAGAGAGGCAGGCUUACUCACUGAGCUGAAGAUGAGCUUUUCAGCUGUGGAUAACUCCCGGAUCAGCAGGAAAGCAAGAAAGGUUGCCCAGUGGAACUCCUAGGCAAACACUGCUUUAAGUGGAAUAUGUGUUUGGGGUGGAGAGCUGUGUUGUGUCUCAUCAGCACAGGGCUGUGGGUAUGAGAGUCUGUCUGCUUUGAUUGUCUAUCCCAGGGGUCAGCAAACUUUUUCAGCAGGUGGCCGGUCCACUGUCCCUCAGACCUUGUGGUGGGCCGGACUAUAUUUUGAAGAAGAAAAAAUUAACGAAUUCCUAUGCCCCACAAAUAACCCAGAGAUGCAUUUUAAAUAAAAGCACACAUUCUACUCAUGUAAAAACACACUGAUUCCUGGACUGUCCGCGUGCCAGAUUUAGAAGGCAAUUGGGCCAUAUCCGGCCCCCGGGCCUUAGUUUGCCUACCCAUGGUCUAUCCUAUGUGUGUAGAAGACACUUGGCUGUAGGUAAUGUGCCUGCCAAUUGGAUUUCUUGAAAACCCUUUCCUCUUCCAAGAACCCAUUCCAUCUUAAAACCAAGCAGCUAGGAAAUUGUUUUGCCCAGUGCUAUUUUUCUAGAAAAAAAGGUGCUGGAACACAGCAUGAACACCUCCUUUGUUCUCUUAUAAUAGCAGCGACCCCCACCUGAGAGGCGCUGGAACGGAGUUUAGUCAAGUUCUGGCUGAAAAAAAAGGCCCUGGUUUUGCCAAUGUUCUCUGAUGGGACUAAGCUAUAUGUUAACUGAGCCAGACGCAGCACUAUUUUGAAGACUGAAAUCUGCCUUGGGGGGUGGGGAAGAAAAAAUGAGAGCAGAGAAGCUGCAGAAAAGGGGAGGUUUUUAAUCCUUUCUCCAUCAACUGUUUCUCUGCUACAUCCCUCCCCUAAGUCUUUCCUGCUUUGCAAGUAAUGUGUAGAUAGUUAUGAAACAGGGAACUUUCCACCGAGAGUCAGGCAGAUCUCUUAGGUUUUGCCAUUUUUUGUGAAAAGUAUUCUGAAUGGCAGCAUACAAAUAUCUCCCCACAUGGCGACAAGCUCCAUAUGGAACCAUUUAAAAUGGAGUCAGAAUGAGAGUGCAUGGGCUCUUAGUCUCAGCAUGUUAUAAGGCAAAACAAUAAUCAGUUUGGAUUCUGUUAUAAAGAUUUAGCUACUACCAACACAAUACAUAUUCCACCUGCAUAGACAAGACUGUGUGUGUUCUGUGAUUAUGCAAUUAUGGAAUUUGAAGUUGGGCACAGAAACCAAUGACCUAAGAAUCUCAUGCUUCAUUUUUUUAAAGCAAAUUUCUAGUCCUUGAGGCUGCAGAGAGAAGCUUGAGGAUGUGUUGGAAUUUAUAUAAUUUAUGCAGUUGCAGAACUGAGCAUCUCUUUGUGGAGAAUUGUGCAAAAAUGUUUCUGGAGAAUUUAGGCUGCCUUGGUGUGGAUUUUUGAUGUUUAUUCUUAUUCCAUACCUUCUUGAUUAUAGCCAAUGAUCAUGUGCUUUCCUUUAUUAUAUGAAUGUAGCAUGAUGAAGGGAGAGAAUGAGAAGGUCUAGACUUCACAACAAUGGCUCAGUAGUUGCUUCAGACUCAGUGUUGUUUGAAGUCUUAACUGCAUUUUUGGCAUGCACUGUUUUCUUUUUUGCUGGCCAGUGGUAGACCUGUGACUAGUGGGUAGUAUGAGCUUCUAGGCUGGCAAAAAUAAAAGGCAGCUGGCCAACCAAACAGUAUCUUCUGCUUAAACCAGGAAUGGAGGACCUGUGGCUCUCCAGAAGUUGCUGGGCUCUCAACUCCCAUCAUCACUAGCCAGCAUGGCCAGUGGUCAGGGAUGGUGUGUUGGGUGUUGUAUAUGCACCAUGGAAGUUCAGUUGAGCAGUUUGGCUCACCACAGGAGCUAUGUAAACACACAGUUGCUACAAGAAGUCUUCACUCUCUGAGCCCAGAGAGAGUUCCAGCUUAUGAAGUCCUUCAUGAGACCAAAGUCCACACAGCAAGUGCAAAGUCCAGUUGCUAACAAAGUCCUGCAACUGCCCGAAUUCUCUGAGUCCAGAAGUCUUGCAGGUUGCCCAACUUUCCUCAGAUGGGCUCUUCGCAAAGUCUUUCACAUUUUCACAGGAUUCUUCCAACAGUCUCCACUUCUCCAGCAGAUUUUCCUGUACUCCCCAACAACGGAUGCUUUAACUUGAGCCCUUAUCUACCUGGUGCUACAUGCUAGUUUGCCCAGCAACACAUACAAGAUAGUCACAAGAUACCUUAGCUGCAUGGGGUGGGGUACAAUUACUGCUGACGCAUGGAGAAUUUUUUCAUUUUCCUUAACAUGAUGGGAGUCAAGUCCAGCAACAUAUUGGGGGCUGCAAGUUCCCCAUUCCUGGCUCAAAUGAAAUUAGGCAGGCUCCAUCUCCAGAUUCGAUUCCACUUCCUGUACUCUAAUUCCAGCAGUAGGUAGUUGGGACCCACCCAUAUAUGUCAGGUUUCUGUAUGGCCACCUAUAUUCAUACCCACCCUGCCCCUCACUUCGCCUUCACAUGCUGACAUUUUCGCACACCAGCCAUGCAGAUGGUACAUAAUGAGCCCAGCUGGCAGGUCUUCUUUCAACCUGCCGUGGCACUGCUACUGCUUUGGCAUCAGGAACAACCAUAGGGAUGAGAGUGCACCUGAGAGGGAGAGAAGGUGCCAAAGAAAGUCAUCUCAGGUGGCACGUGGUCUAGAGUUGCCUUACUAUUCCCACUGCUGGAGAACUGAGGUUGAACCUUCUGCUACAAUUUUUAUAAUUUCUGUUUUCUUCCUUUCCGUUCUUUUUGGGGAGGUGUGUAAUUGAAGUUAUAAUAUGUAUUUGUUUAUAUUAUAUUUUCAGGCUGUUUUACUCCUGCAGUUGCCAUGGCCAAGGCUCUAAGCAAUCUCAAAAGUAUUCCCAUAGAGUUUGCAGCAUCUUCUAAUGGGUGGGAGCCGGCAGUUGAUUAUAUGUGGUUACAAUGGGAUUUCUACUAUUUGCUUGCUGUUAACACACCACCUCCAAACCAAAUGUCUCUUCUCCGUUGUCGCCAUGGAAUCUCUGCAGGCUUCGGUGCCAGAAUAUAUGUGCACAAAUCAUGUGGCCAGCCUGUGUGUGCAAAUGUUGCAGGAGAUUAUCACAGCAGCUGGCAGUUUAGUUAGAGGCAUGCAAUUUGCUUGUGUCACUGGAAUGACUAUAGACCUGAUCUUGUUCAUUCACUUAUAAGGCUAUUUUUUUGGCAGGGAUGUGGAAUCAAGUUUAUUGAAUUGUGACAUGGCUGAGCAGCUUUCAAGUCUCUUAAAUUCCUCCACCAAAUCUCCCACCCAAUUAGCUGAAUGAAUCAGCUGCUACCCUUUGAAUAUAUGAUUGUCCAUAUGUGAUGGAUACUUCCUGUACCAUUCAGGCAAAGGUGGCUACAGUCUAGGGACUAAUGUUGUAAUGUGGCUACAAGGCUGAAUUGUGAAUGAGGAAACCACUAGUCAAAAUCCUGCCUCUGCCAUGUGUUUAGUAUAUGACCUUAGGGGAACUAAUGUUCUCUUAGCUUCAGCUUCCGACCUGUAAAAUGAGGAUAACAGUACUGAUCUACCUUAGUGGAUGAAAUAGUGUAUGUUAGCUCAGUUGGUUAGGGCAUGGUGCUGAUAACACCAAGGACGCAGGUUCGAUCCCCAUAUGGGUCACCUGCAUAUUCCUGCAUUGCAGGGGGUUGGACUAAAUAACCCAUCGGGGGGUGGGGGCUUCCAACUAUGAAGUUCUUAGGGUGGUAUUGAACUACAUUUUACUCAGAGCAGACUCAUUGAAAUAAAUGAACAUGACUACAAAACCCUGAGUUACCCAGGAAGAGAGACUGAUUGUUAAACCAUUCUGAGAACUGUAGUUCUGUGCGGGGAAUGGGAGUUUCCUCUAACAACUCUCACCAUACUUAACAAACUAUAGUUCCCAGGAUUCUUUGGGGGAAGCCACAACUGUUUAAAGUGAAAUGACACUGCUUUAAACGUUCAGUGCUGAUGAGGCCUUACAUUCAAGAGGUGACACAUUAGAGAACACAGGGCAAAAAUGAGCCUUCUCUUUGUUAUUUGAUGCACCUCCACCCUAAAAAUCUCAGAAGUUGUAGAAGUAGUUCAGCUAUUAUUCAAAGGAGUAUAUAAUGAAUUGACCAAGUAAACUGAGCACUACCUGGAUUUAGCACAAAGGUGGCAUGGAAGGGAGGAAGAGAAAUAAGAAGGGAUAGAGGGGUAAAUGGUUGUGGAGAAUUGGAAGUUUGUGGACAAGGAGCAGUAGCCGUGGGAGAUGGGCCCAGAUCCACAAUUCUAAGGGCGCUUCCAAGACUAUUGUGCUCUCAGGUGGGAUUAAAUCACUCACCAAAAAAGUCAGGUUGCCCAUUUCCAAUUGAUUGGGAAGUCUGGCACAACAAAUUUGCUUCCCUCAAAAGUUUUGGCAGUAAGAAAAGUGAUGGGAAUGUACUGGAAUGUGUAGGAUGGUGCUUGGUAAAAUCCCCACCCAAAAUGGAGAGAAUGCUCUAGAAAUAGCAGAUCACCUCCCUGCAAACAAAUCAGAAUAGACGCUCAAUAAAUGGGUUUUCUGAAAGUGCCCUGUUGCUCCAUAUCCUAAUCUGAGGGGGGGGGAAUCUUCCUGGUUCCCAAACUCUCCCAAGGAAAUGCCUGCCUGCUUUCCAAGCUCUUUCUCUGCAGAUACGAAGACUAGAAACUUGCUUUUUAAAAAACACCCCCUAACACCCUUCUGAGAAUCUUCAGGAUGCCAAAUUCUUUUUCAGCUACCAGAUCCUGUGCUUGUGUCUUAAGCCCACACAUGUGCCAGAUACACCUAGAGUAUACCAGGGCACCUCAGACACAGAAGGCUCCAAACAUGAAUAGCUUGGAGUUGAUGGUGUGUUUGAGUGAGUUUCCAGCAUAGGCAUAACUUUACUGUGUGUCCCCCACCCCUUUUUAUCUCCCCUUUUAGAGUCCUCCAAGAGAGGUGCAUGGAAUAGCAUGGCAGAAGUUUCGUCUCGAGAUGGGCAGUGCUAAGCAGCCAGAAGCAUUGCAGUUGUUGAAGCAAGAUGCAGUUCCAGAAGAUGCUCCCCAGCCCAGCAGCAGCUUACCUUGCAGUCAGGAGAAAGACAGCUGUCUCCAACACACCCGAUGUGACGGAGGAGAUCUCACCAUGAGGAACUGCUGUGUGAAUGACCUUGGCACCAAAGACGGCAGCCAAGAAGACACCAUGGUGGACAACCCAGACCAGAAGGAGAAGGCGCCAGCUGUAGCCACAAAGCCUUCCAUGGAACUAGUCACUGAUACAGGUACCGUGGUUCUGAAAGAUGCAAUGGCUGGAGGAACCACCUUGGAAGAGGACGGGGAACGAGCAGCCCAUCAUGACUUGCGGCACAACAGCAAGCAGGGCUCAAGCUGCAGGGAUCUUCCCAGUAGCUUAUCCAAUACCUGCAACCCUCUGGAAAGUAAAGCUGUUCCUGGAGAUGUUGGUACGCAUCUCCCGGCAGAGCCCUGCCUAAAGGCAACCAACAAGGACCCUUCCAGUGCACCAGCCUCCCUGAAACAUGUGGCAUUUCUUGAACCAACCAAAAAAACCGCUGAGGCUGAGGGCAUCCAAGCAGCAACAGCACAUUCCGAGGGGGGUCCUGCAUUUCCCACGUGCCUGAAAAACACAAGCCAAGGACAGCCAGGUGCCUCCAAGGGAGAUAUAUCACACUUCAGCAGUGAUGUCUGUGAAGCAGCGGACCACUUGAGUGAAGGACACGGAGGUCCCCUCGCACCAGAAGCUCCCAAGGAGUUUACUCAAGACCCCUUGGCAGCUGAAGCCACAUCAGGGAAGUCAAGCAGACCAGCGACAGAAACAGACCAGCUGGGGGACCAUAGCAGGGAAGUGAGGUUCCCUGCUCCGGAGGCUAACACAGCUGGGAACUCCAGUAGAGUGCCAGGAAACCCUGUGGCUGCCGUUCCUCAUGAAGCCAAGGGCACAUCAGGUGAGUCAAAAACAACCCCAGGUGAAGCCACCAAGGAGGCAGAAGGGCUCAGAGAAGUGACACCCUCUGAGUCCAAGUGUCAAAACCAAGCUCAGGAACAACAAACACCAGAAAUGACCAGUGUGGCUGUGAGUGAGGAGCGCACAAUAGACGUCGAGAAGAGAUCUGUGGAACUUCUCACCCAAACCUGCUCACUUGAGGUCACUCCCCCCCAGCACGAUGCUGGGACUCAAGUUGACAAUCGUGUGUCUUUGGUGUCGGUGGCCGUCAGCCCCAUCAACCCACCCGAUGGCUCCUCGGCUUUCACUUUCCACACAAGGGGCUUGGGGGCCUCCUCUCUGAAGAGCCCUGGCCCGGAGCAGAAGCCAGCCAAGAAAGAUGCAGAGAUGCAGGUGUCCAUCCCGGUGGAGACCAGGUCCGUGGCCACGGGGCCCAUGACUCCCGUGACCAAAUCUCCCCAAGCGUCCUACCCUGAGGUGCACGUGAAAGGGGCCCAGGAGGAGGCGCCCGAGCCGGUGCGGGAGGUCAGCUGGGACGAGAAGGGCAUGACGUGGGAAGUGUACGGCGCCUCCAUGGAGGUGGAGGUGCUGGGCAUGGCCAUCCAGAAGCACCUGGAGAAGCAGAUUGAAGAGCAUGGCCGGCAAAUGGUGAUGACACCUCAGAGCACCCGUGCCAGCUCCAUCAAGGGGGCUCCCCCCAAGGGGGAGGUCAAGAGGCAGCCCAGCGUCUUCAGGGCACUCCUGCAGAAUGUGCGGCGGCCCCGCUGCUGCUCCCGAGGAGGACCUACUGUGGAGUGAAGGGGGCCCCGGGCCAACUCUAGGGUUUUCUUAUAGCAGUUGGAACGUGCAAAUGUUACGUAGUUUCUCAGGCAAUGUGUGGGACAGUCCCUUUUGAAUCUCUCAAGUCCCCAGGAUUACGGCGCUCAACACCCCUGAUGUCUCCUGGAAAUGCAGGCCAAACCCUAUAUAUUACAAGCAAAUAGCACCUUGCCCAGUUCUGAAGCACUUGACAUGUCUCAGCCAGCAGCGCUUACACUGCCACACACGCUUGGCAGUGCCGCUUUGCAUCCUGGGACAUGUAGUUUUCACAGUGCCAAGCUCAGAUGAUUAUAUACAGGGCUCUCAACAACUUGUCUGUUUGAUACAGACUGGAAACAGCUCUCAGAUAUUUUGGAGACCCAUGUUUAGGAAAGUUUGGUGUAGCGUUUGUGGAGAUCACUGUACUAGCAGUAUCCUAUCUUGGGUCUAGAAUGGAUUAGUUGUAGGGGCUGCCAGAUCACAGCUUUUAGAGAACAUAUGCAUAGUUUGGGAUUCCCUCCUCCCAGUGCCAAUAGGUUAAGAAACAGUCUGAAAUCUUCAGUUAUUUCCAGAAGUACAGUAUAUGUUUUAACUUAGGGACAGCAGCAUGGUAGCAUUCUGAAGGUGAUUUUGGCUGAAUGAUCAUGUGUCAGGUCUUGAGAAAGCCAUCCAAUUGAACAACUUUAAACAAAAUAAGCUAGUUUGCCUAAUAUUGUUCAGUUGCAUAAUUUUAUGGUGCCCACAGAACUUGAGUGUUCUUGCUGUGGAGAUUGAUAGUUUACAUUGCACAGAAUAUAAUGAGUUCGGGGCAUUAUAGAAUCAUAGAAUUGUAGAGUUGGAAGGGACCCCUGAGGGGCAUCUAGUCCAACCUCCCCCCAGUUGCAGGAAUCAAAGCUAAAUAAUCCCUGACAGGAGAGCAUCCACUGCCUUUUGAGUCCAGCACCAGACUGCCUUCCCUAUUCUAAAGGACCAUUUCAAGAGAAAGCAGGGGCUGGGAGAAAAGUGCAAUAAGAGUAACCAGGCUCAUCCUAGUGCAGGAGAGAAUUUGGAUGAAAUAUUUAAUCUCUUCUUAAUUACACUCUCGACCUUUGCCUGCAGCCCUGCAAGUCUGUUCAAGGCAGGUCCCUCAGAGCCCUCCAUUCCCUUUGCUAGAGGACCCUGCUGAGUCCCAGUGGUGGCAUCUUGCAUUACAGGCUGAUGCCGCCACCCGACCAACUUGCCUGAGAAACUAAUAAUUUGGAAGGUCCCGCGUCUUGUGUGCGAGAGUGUGGCUCGAUGCGUGCUCUGGCUUGUGUGCAUGUGAGCGUGCGUGUCAUAGCCUCUUUUCCUGUCAAUGCUAUUCCCCUGCCCCCCGGGAGCAAAGAGGCCUGUUGCCAUCAGAAACGUGGCUAAUUUUUAUGUUCCUGACUUUUUCAAGAGAUCUGGGGUGGGGUGGGGUAUUUUAUUCAUAUGUGUUGGAAUAUGGGGGCUUUUACAAAACACUCUUUACUCUGUUGUGUUUACUCUAAAUCAGGUUCUUGUUUCUCUGAAGGUGUCUUGAAGAUGCUGAUUUCCUUUUCCUGCCUCUCCCAUUCCCCGCCCCCUCCCAACAAUAUUUUAUGCAUUGGGAUUUGGGGGUUUUGUGGCUUUCACCCCUAAGAAAUGAAAUCUGUGAAGGCAUAGAUGAGAGAUUAUUUGACACUGUGUAAAAAGAGAGCAGGGGACACUUACAUGGUGGAAACCAAGACUUGUUUUUUGGAGGGGAGCUCCUUCCUCCAGAGUAGCUGCACUAGGUACACCUCCUUCAAGGAUGUUUUCGGUUGUGAAAUGUAGUGCCAAAAACUGACACCCACACUCACUUUUGAUAGAGUUGGAGAGCACCUCUGCUGUUUGUAGUACUACCCUGAUUUUGCCAGAAGACUUCGUGUUGAUUUCUGUUUACAAGUCUCCUCACCUCUCUGUGAAUUAUAGUUCCCAAAGUUUUUUUUUAUCUGGCUGGGCUUCUGUAUCUUUAACCAUUGCCCAGAAGGAGGACAUUUGGGUUCAGCUUUUCCCAGUGUGCAUCUAAGGCAAGCAGGAUGGGAGUUUUCAGCCAAAUUUCCUCCUCAAGGAACAACCCCACUGAAAAACACAAAAAGAAAACAAAAAGCAGUCCUACUAUAAAUGCAGGUGCUAGGAAGUUUGGGGCUUUUUCCCUACAGAGGGGCAGAAUUUAUGUCCUUUUAGUGGUGACAACAUUCAGCAUCCUAACUGCAACACUGUGAAGAGAGGAUCUAGGCCCGAAGAAUCUCACUGUUCCUCAGUGCUCUCUUAGAUCUGGGAUGAGGGCCCUGCCUCCCUCCAGGUGUUGUUUGACUAUGUCCCAUCAUCCUAGACCACUGGCUUUGAUGGAUGGGCCUGAUGGGAGAUGAGGUCCAAAGCCAGCUGGAUGCACACAGGUUUAGCAUUCUGCUCUUGCAAUGCAGAUUGGCCAACAUGGUGAAGCUGACCAACAUGCUAGAAAGUUCUGAUGGAGCUGGUGGCUGUGGGGCUUUUCCUUCUAAUGCCAUCCCAUUCAGCUGGGAAGGGCUUGCCUUAAAUCUGGAUUGCCCCUAGGCAGCACAAGCCAGCGGUAUCAUGUGCAGAUCUUGGGAGAGAGAACUUUUCUCCACAAACAAAGAACCACACUGUUGGCUCUUUAAAAGGACCUGUGUGUACCAAUACAGAUGGAGAAGAGACAGAGGGUACUUGUCUGCUGUCUGCAAGAAGAGGUACGACUUCCGGCUGUUCUCUCGAGAGAGUGUACUGUACAAUCUCCACCUCAACCAGGUUCCAAUGCGUGGUAUCGAUGUGCUGGUUCACUUGGCCGACACAAGCAUUCGUGCCAAAUUCAGUUCAAGGCACUUCCACAAAUGGAACAGGGGGAAGAACUGGUCCAAUACUGUCAUUGUAUUAGCAAGAGCUCUGCCUGCCCAAACCUAGCUCUGAAUCAGUCUAUUGCAACUCCUCUUUGGGAAUAAGUAGACAUGUACAGGAACUGACCAUAGAGGGGUUUCUACCGUGCCCAGUGCUCACAAGUAGCCUUCCAGUUGCAAGACAUGGGAGCCAAGCCCUGUAAGAGUUUAGGUGCCUUGUGGAUCUGGCAUGCUAGUAGGUCUACACACAGAGAAACUUGAGUUUCUGGCAAACAGAAACUUGAGUUUCUGGCAAGCGCUAUGCUGCAAGAGGCACAUCUAGAACCAUGCAAGUGAGGAGCUGGGAAGAGGCAUCCCAUCUGAGAAAUGUCAGGCCACAAGGUGCAGGCAUCUGCACCCAAACCUGCAUCCAACUGCUGGCAGCAUCCCUGGGAUGUAGGAUGCUGAGCAUGUAGACAGUACCACCCCCACCCCAGGUUACUGGGGCCAUUCACAGAACUGCCGAGGACCCUUCCCAUUCCUAUGCCCUGCCUUGUGUGCUGUUCUCAGUAUGGUGUUCACGUGCCAUAUGGAUCUAUAGUACCAAGCAAUGAUGAGUUGUUGACAGUAACUUUGCCUUUUGGUUUCUCUCCUCCUCCCUUUCUUUAUUUGUUUAGGGUACAAACUUGUAAAACUGGCUGUUGGAUAAUAAAAUUUUUCUCCAAAAAAAAAA